UGCAUUCAAUAUGUCUGCCGGGAGGGUCCAGAUUUGCUCAGCAGGAAUGCGGUAGGCGGGGCUGCUCAGCUAGUGUCAAACUUUGGGAAUGACAGGAGUGCUGCAGGAUUCGCAAAGAAGGGGAAGUGUCGCCCUUGUUGGUCCUGUUUGGAUUACUUUGACUUCUUCUUACGUACAGUCUCUGGAUUCGCCACCUUUCCACUGAUAGUACGGCUCCAGCAGACCCCUCAGCCAUGUCGGAGGACCCGAGCUCCCAACCCUGGUCCAUCAACAAAGAUGAUUAUGAGCUGCACGAGGUGAUUGGUAUGUGAUCCUUAGCUCGUUAGCAAAACGUGUGUGUUAACCGACAGUGUGUGCCGUCAGCCCACUCACUAUGAGUAUUAUCACAGCUAACAUCGGCGCUUAUUUCCUCUAAGUAGCAGCAAACAGAAGGCAUCUUCUUGCUUUUGAGCUAGGCUAAGUUCAUCGCGUUUGGCAAGUUGACAAUCCCAGCCGGGCGGUGUUGUGACUUGAAGUCGGUGUGAGAGCGGUUACCCCGUCCGCUGGGGCUGUGCCGAAGUAGUCAACGAGCGUUAUACCGUUACUGUCUACUCAGGCUCUGACUAUUUGCUGGAAAAGAGCAGUUUUUCAUUGAGGUGUGGGAUAAUUCAUGUAUACAGCUGGCUUAGUACUUUUAAAAAAUGACCUCCCUAAGUGAGGGCGUUGUAUGUAACGAUACAAUGACAGUUUCUCGUUUGGCAUUUGACAGAGAACCCACUCUUCAGACACCAGCCCAAACAGAAGUGACACAACAUUAUCAGGGGUGGAGUCAGAGGGGUGGCAAGGGGUGGUAUGCACCCCCCUCUUGAAUGGCCACCCCAAAUCCUGAACUGGGGUUUGUGUGGAAAAACCAACAGGCUGCUAGUGCUAGAGUGUAGCACAUUGUCAUUUAACUCUCAAAUAACCCAAUUGUUUGUUCUUUUAAGAAUAAAAUGUGAAAGAUUUGCAGAUCUGUUGUUACCCUUUUCAAAGUUUUAGGGUAUCCACAAUAUAACAUCUGUAUGAUGAUGAUGGUGGAAGCAAUUUGCCCCCUUCAUAAGUCAAUGCCUCAGCAGGGCCACCACAGUCCAAACAAUCUGGAUGUGCCCCUGAUUACUGAUAUACUCUAUACAGGGAUAACAUAGCAUUGUAACAGGGUAAUGCAAAGUAUGAGGCACACAAGGUUAAAGCAGAGACUGUGUUUUAGUCGUACUGUGUAUGUCGGUGUGUGUCUGUUCACGGUUCACACCCAUUUCUAAUUAAAAUUCACCGGACAUUAAAGCGCUGAACUUUUUCCGAAAACAGGCGUGUUGCCACUUCAUAGUCCAGGGAUUAUGCUUCAUGGUUCCUCCUGGAGUGAGAGUAUUGUUUUGGGCAAUUUGCUGCCUGAAUUAAUCCAGUUAGGCGAGUGCUCUGUUGAGGGGAUUAAUCAGUAUUUUGGGGCUUCUUGCCAUGUUCCUUCACAGAAAGUAGGAAAAGUCAUUUAAUAAUUUGAUGAGAAACGUCAUCAUUAAUACUUUGUUUGUACAAGUUUGGAUUAAAUUUACAAGUGUUAAAAUUGUUGUAAGGCUUAUUCUAAUCCUGAAAGUUUUGUGAAGAUACCGGGAUAACCGAUUUGUAGGUAUGCCUACAUUUCUCUGUGAAACCCUCUAGCCUGACUGGAGGCAUGCUACACCUUUCCAUAUCCCUGAUCAUAUCUUACAGGUUGGUUGGCCUGAGGAAUGACAGCUUUUAUGAGUUAAGUUCUGAAAUGUCCCACCCAACAAAUAGCCAACCCCGUCCUACCUCUGGCUGACUUUGUCAAAGAAAGAGAAGAAAAAUAUGUGUGUAACAUACAAGCAAAGUAUUGUCCUCCCGAAUCAGUUAGUUUGUGCCUCUGGUUUACUUACCCUAAGUGGUGCAAGCUUCCUCUACUGGGAAUCAGUGUGUUUAUAGAGGGUCCAUUCUUCAUGCCCUAGAUUAACCCUUGUGUGCUUUUUUAGUGCACCAAACUUCACCUUUUUCUACAACCCUCAGUUUCUUGGAAAAAUUUGAUCCGGGGCACCCCACAAGAUACUUCCUUGCUAUUUAGCAUACACACACAGAUAAAGCCCCCCUUGUACAGAGAACCAGUUCUGUAGCAUUUUCCUUUGCAUUGAGUGACACAAAUUGUCAGCAUGGGUUUGAGCCUGGUGAAGCUAUUUCAAGGCAGGACUGCAACAUGAAGUUCACUUUCAUCAAUGAGUCUUUGGGGAUACUUUCUACACAGUGUCUUGUGACUGUCUUAGUUUUAUUAUUUACCGAUAUUUCAUUUAGUUUAAAGUGGUAGAACUGUUUUUAUGCUCCUUGUGGACACACGGUAAACACUGUCCUCCUGUUUGGCAUCAGCUUCUGAUCAAAUCAAACCUUGCCAAUACUCAUGCAGGUCUUUCUCUUUUAAUAACAGAACUUUGAAAAGUCGUUCUAAGUUUCUGUGAUUAGCUCUGAGUCUUAUUGUUGAUCAGUGAUAGUUUAAAGUAUUAACAUCCUCGUCUUACUUCAUGACAAGGAAAUGUUUUGCAAAAUGCUCAUCUUUGAAAUGAAUAGUCUUUCUGUUAUAACUGUGUCGACUUGGGGUCACACUGAUUUUGAGUCACUUCCUGUCACAGUUUUUCUCCGGUCAUCAUCCUGACAUUCGCAGUCAGGAGUUCCCUUGACAUAUUGCCCAUUUCUGAAUCACAGUAAAGAACGCAACCUCCCACCGGACAAACCCCGUGAGAUAAAAUCUACAUCAGAGAUCAACAAAUCGCCCAAGAAACGCCCGGCAGCAGCGUGGGUCAUGUUUGGAAGGAGUAUUCUCGAAAAUUGCACAAUCAUGCAGUCAGGGGUGGGCUGUGCUGGUGAUUUGGAGUGUGUGCUGAGGGAGGUGGAUGGGUAAACACAAAUGCAGUUUUAAGUUCUGCAAAUGACCAACCUCUCACAGGCUACUGUUUGUAUCAGACAGUAAAUAGAAAUGCACACUUUUAAUUUAGAUCCUUAUCUGAUUGCAACAGAAGGUAACUCAUUACGUAUCCCUCUGUCAUCCCUCAAGGUGGUACUGAUGUUUUAACAGCUUAAAGCAUCUCUCACUAAUUAAAAAAGGGGGUUUUAUUUGAUUUCCCUCACAGUCCCUUCAAUUCAAAUGACAACAUAAGGCACAUUGACUUAUAGAAAACUGAAAUAAAUGGGAUAACACAGUCUUGUUAUCUCAGCUCAAAUGUAGAUAAGGGUAACUUGCAAUAUUGAAGCUGAAAUCAGAAGCUGUUUUACAGUAUUGCUUUAAAAAGUUACCUUUAGUAGAUCCUAUUCUGUACAAUAUAAACAUAAAGUUGUUUGGGAGUGUAUUUAAAGAUAAAACCCCUAAAAUUUUACAUGGCAGAUGAAUUGGAGAUUUUUUUUUUGGCAGAUUAAAGUAUAGGAAUCAAAAUAUUAAGUGUUAGUAUUCAAAGGUGAUCAGAGGCUGUGAUGUUUAAAAGUUUUUAUGAAAGUUUGAAAUAUUUUAUGUGCUGCACAGAGGUGAGAUAAAAUUUUGGCUGUGUUUUGGAAAUUUAUUAUCAAGGUGAUAAAUUUUGAUUCCCCCUUGUCUACUUUUACAAAAACCCUUGUGAACUUUUACAGACCAUCUAAAGAGGGGGUGGGGGUCCCGUCCCAGAACGAAGAAUUUAACAUUGAUGGGUAGAGGCUGAUGCCCAAUUAUGGGACCAUACCUGCUCUUCAAAACUGAUCAAUAGAUAUAUUGUUCAGACUUCAACCAUCAUUUUAUCUAUUAAAAAAUAAAGUAGCAGCUUCUUGUGUCCAUAUAUUUAUUCUCAGUUUUACUUGAGCAUUCAGCAGCUCCUGGACUUUAACCUGGCUCUGACCCCUCUCUCUAACAGAAACUGUUGGGCAGAUACUGUAUAAGCCUUUCAAACACCCCUAAGGGAUGUUUUCUGCAGCUCUUCUGCUCCGCUGGAAAGGUUGGUGUUAUAAGGAUGGUUCUGAAUACCCAGCAUGCCCAGCAGAGCUUAUUGUUUUUCUAACUUCCCCAGGGAAAGAGGACUUGUUAUUACAUGGAUCACACCCACUCUAUUCACCACCACUGAGCAUCAGAUCAUACUGGACAGAACCCAUGGCUUACUCUCUCAUUCUGGAUCAGACUCUUGGAUCCUUUUGUGUUGGCAAAUCAGGACUGGAAACUUUCUGCUCCCAGUGUUUGUAUCCACCAGCAACCAUGUCUCCUCCCUGUUACUUAUCCUCCCCCACAGAUUGUUCUAUAAAACUUAUGUUCAGAAAAAAAUGGUUGCAUCUGAAAGCAACCCCCGGCUAGUUUUUCUUUAAUUUAACGUUGGUUUUUAGGUUCAGACCGCAUACAUUUUAAAAAUAUUUCACCCUACAGCACCAGAGGAAGUUCCCACUAAAGCUAGUGGCUGCUGGGGGGACUCCUUGAUAUGUGUGACAUUUUCACUUUGUACCUUUUGAAUCUCGUGUGGGAUGUCAACCAGGUAUGUAGAGGAAAUGUAAUAAAAGAGGGGUGACGUCAGGCACCAAACUGGCCCGGUGAGGGCAGGGAAGACAAACUGAGAGCUGCUUUCGCUCUCCAUAGAGAAGCUGGAUCAAGGCCAGGCUUUUCUGAUACGAUAUUAUACCAAUAGGUGAUGUGGAGUCACACUCUUUCAGUGAUUGUUCCGUCCCAGCCUGAACCAGACCUUUUGAAAUUCUUUCCUCAAGCACAUUCUGACCAAUUAUGAGAUGUUUUGUUUUGUUUGGCUUCGAGAUGUUAGGGUGAAAAGCUCCAUGAUGAAACCUUGAGAUUUGAAUCGCCUCCUGGUAUUUUAAUGAUCUUUAAGCUGCUUUUAUAAUCUUAAUUAAGUCUAAUGCUGUAGCUUUAUCUGCAUCCUUCAUAAGCCACUUGUUACUCGGGUGCUAUUCCUUAGCGUAUCCCUAUAAAGCCUGUUUAAUAGACUUCCCAGAGAAGCCUCAGAAUAGAGGAAUGCAAACAAUUCAUACUCUGAGGUCAACUACUGAAAGAGCAAACACGUGUGUUAAUGGCAGGCCUCCACUGGAGUAUUUAGGCUUUACCAGCUCGGUUCAUUGAAAAGAGGGGGGAGCUCCAGUCUUGCAUGCCUCAUUCACACAUUGACAUUUUAUAGUAUAACGCUCAAAAGACUUCUCAUGCCAAGCUUAACCUGUUAUGAGGAAACAUGCUUACAGAAAACACUGGCUGCUUUUACAAAUAUCAGGAUUGUUUUGUCAAUGUUUCCCUUGCUUCACUAUCGAGAGCAGAACCUGACAUGAGGAGCUGUGGCCGAUCAAAUGAAUACACGGAGAGACAAUAAAUGAGAAGAAAGUGACAUUAAAAGAUACAGUCACAGCUUAUGUGAGAGAUCAUGUAUAGUAUGGACGGGCAAUAUGGGCUAACAAAUUUAUCACCAUAAGUUUUGCCAUUCUGGUGAUAACAAUCAAAGCCACAAUAAUAAAUCCAUGUUUUUUGACUCAUUUUGUCUUGACCCCACAGCCAUUGUUCUUGGAUGGCACUUAAAAGUUUUGGCAUAGUCAAAUAAGAUACUUAACUACAAGUUUAAGUGGUAGGUCAUGGAGAAAACUAGUGACAUCAAACAAGUCUGAAAUGGGAAAACACUUUCAACAUUUAUUCAAAACUCUUAUUGCACAGAGUGCACAGCAGCAGCAGAUCCACUGUCCAAAGUCAGGCAUACCUAAUUGCACUCGUCUAAGCCCCAAUCACAAGGAAAGUUUAUCGUAUUUAUCGUGAGAUGGCAAAUAUUCAUUGUGUAGGAUUUUCCUGACGAUUUUCUGAUGUGAAUGGUAAUUUAUCACCCGUCCCUAAUGUAUAGUGAAUAGGUGAUUACUCAGACUGAAAUCCUGACAGGGUAAGCAAGACUCCAAAGUCUUACCCUGAUGAUGCAUAAUAACCUGCUGACAUAGAUGAUUGAGUUCAAGAUCAUUCAAAUUUUUUAAAAAUGUCUCAUAGGACUUCAAUCCACAGACAAAUUGAUACAUUAUCUUGCUUUAUUGUUACAAUAUACAUUAAAGUGAACAUUUCCAUUGUGGGGAUGAAUAUGUGAAGAUGUAACGGACAUCUUCAGGAAUGUUAUGUUGACAGCACUGUCCACAUUCAGCUAAUAAAGGCAAAUGUGGAAACCUUUAACAUUGUUGCUUCUACCGAUAUGUCUUAUGGUUAAAGUCUCUUCCAAGCAUUGGGAGCUUAUCUUUAUCUCUAAAAUUAUAAAAACCAAAAACAGCAGAGGGAAUAGAAGUUUAAAGUAAAAAUAAAGAAUCAAACAGGAAAAACUAAAACUCAAGACAACAGAAGACGUAGUGACCUAGAAUUCCUCAGUCAUGUCAACAUGCCACAUCCCCGUCUGUCAGCUGAAUCAUCAUUUGAUUUUGUCUAAUGUGGUAACUCAAUAUAUAGAUUUGAUUUAGCCGGUGUCCACCUUCACAACAACCCCAGUCUUGUUACUGUCUGCUUAAAAUGGAAAAAUACCGACAUCAGAACUUUUAAGUUUGAUCAAAAAUUCAUAUUUGCAAAGAGCUGACUCAUGUCGCGCUUUUCUCUGUUCAUUUAUGGCUAAUUUGACAAAAAGGAAUAAACAGUUUCCUAUUUGAUAUGCAGCUGUUCUAUUUGUGCCAGACUGUCUAACAGAUUAAAUGGCCCUGGCACUUGUGCAGCGGUCGCCUUGAGUGAGGAUGUGAGAGCUUCCUGCUGUUUUGAUGGAGAGGACGGUGAUGUUGUCAGUGAGGAUGACAAUAAUGUGACUCUGUGUUGCUUCAUUGGUAAAAUCAGAUGUUUCAGUGACAAAUGUUCAUCUUUAAUGCUCCACAUCUGCAGGCUUACUCACAGCCUUAUUUUGCGUGAGCUUGUUUGGGGAUGUGAUGACAUGGAUUGUUUGUAUCCCCCCUGUGUGCCACCAAAGUAUCACUACUCACUUUACUGCUUUGGUUUAGAACCUCAAAGGCCUUGUUAAGCUUUAAGUUUUCAUGCAACCCAAUUCAAAUUGUAGAGGCAUGACUACUCUUGGCAGGAAAAACCUUGCACUAAUCUUGGAACUAGUGCUGUAGCAAAUGUGCGUCUUCAGUCUGAAUAGCUUGUAAAGCCCUGGUGACCCCUGAACUUGCCUCAUGCAAACCAAACACCCCGGCCCCUUUUUCCACUCUCGGCGUACACGUACACAUAUAAGCACACAUGCUUUGCAGCUUCCUUGCCUGGGCAGCCACCCCUGACGACUGGCUGUUUGUUUGUGUGGAAGAAUUUACACUCCGCAGUGGACAGGGCAACCGGCUCCCUGUGGACCGGCCAGGGCUGAGCUCCACCACCACUGGCCGGCCUCCAGAGGUUUGUUUGGUAUAUCUGCUGCUGGUGGUGGUUGGAAGAGGCGAAAAGAUUUAUUUAUAGGGCUGCUGAAGUCCUUUAAGUGUAGGGCAAUGGUAAGAGAUGAGGUAAACAUUGAAUUGGAAACCUAACCUCAGCACCUAUUGCAUUAGAAAGUUGGCUCAAAGGAAGGGAACAAUAACACCCAACUGGGGAUGUGAUAUGAUUUGUCUCGCUGGGUUCAGGAUUUGGAGUCAAGUUUUAAAAGAGAGUAAGUUUUCAAGGUUGUGUCCAAACAUUUGGAGUUAAUUGUGAUCUUUUGGUUUUUCCUUUUUACUCCCUUGCCCCUAUUUUACAUAACCCUGUUGAAAUAAUAAACAAGUUUAUUUUCACAGGAUACAAAAAGACACUUCCCCAAGCUUACAAAGUUACUGGAGUAAAUUAAAACUGCUAAAAAACUUAUAGAUUGCACACCUGCAGAGGCACAAGCUCUUAUUUUGUGAUACUGUUCAUUAUAUGUAAAUGUAAAUAUUCUUUAUUUAUACAGCCCUUUACAACAACCCUUUUCAUGAACCAAAGUACUUAACAAUACAUAGUGAAUAAAAAUGAAUAAAUAAAAACGAUAAAAGCCAAUAAAAAAAGAAUAAAAUCUCUCUUACUGAAUAUGUAGGGCAGUAGGGCAGACAGAUCUUUCAGUAUGUGUGCAAUAGAGGUGAGAGAAAAAAUCGAUUCACCCAAGUAUCAUGAUUUUUUGUUUUACAAUUUUUAAAUCAAUUUUUAUGUUCAAAAAUCUUUGUUUUUUUUUGUCAAAUGUAAGAAUUAAUCGUAAAAACUGACUUGCCACUGAUGUGUUUCUUUUGGAAAAUUUGAUUCCUGGAAUAGUCAGUAGACAAUCAUAAUCAUUCAACUUUUUCACUGGUGUUAAAAAUGCAGACUAAAAAUUGAGAAGAUCAACAAUAUUGUGGAAUUGCAAUUUAAAUUGAAUCGGCAUCCAAAAAUCGUAGAAGAAUCGAAUCAGGAGAAAAGUAUAUUGUCCCAGCCCUAGUGUGGAAGGUAGAAGGAGAAAAGAUCUUCCAUCAGUACCUUAUUGAUAAAAAUAAGGAAAUGUCAAAGUGUUCUGCAUAUGUACCUUGGCAGGCCUCACCAGGUAUUGUACUGUAUAAAAUGAGGAAAACUCUGGCUGUGAAUCUUCAAAUGGAAAAACGUCAUUGACAGCCAACAUGCUCGUUACUUAAAGACGUGAGAGAAGAAAUAACACCAAACAAGACAGGUCAAAGUAGAUAGCAAGAAGUUUCACACAAACACAAGGUACUUGUGCUCCUGAAGCAACCUCAGGUAUUUACACCCUCAUCCCAGCAUGUACCCCCUACCUGUAAGGAACCUAACCCCUUAUUGUCCAACAACAUCCCAACAUGUAGAUAGAAGGAGAUAGAUCACCAGGAUUAAUAAGUGGAUUCUUCCCUUCUGUGGGGUUUUUGUUAAGUUUCACUAAAGUUUUCAACUUUUGUGAGCUAAUGUGACAUCCCUACUUUGGGAAAUCAAAACUUGAUUGGAUUCAUCAAAGGGAACAAGAGUUUGUGGUUUAUUAAAUGUUUUGCUGUAUUGAAAGUUUUCAGCUGUUUUAUUCUCCUCUCCUCCUGUAUAACCUAAAGUCCUAAUUAUCUUACUUGAAAAAAGUCCCAUCUUUAGGGACAGCUUUACUUUUUAAUUAAUGUCAGGGAACUGCUUUUCCCCCUUUUUUUAAUAUAGGCCAUUUUUUUAAACACCACUGGCUCAAUGAAAACUCCAAACAAUGAGCACUUUGUUAAUAUUUGGGCAUAGCUAAGAUGAGGGAGGUUAGGAAAAGCUUACUGGAGGCUGGACCGACUCACCUCUCACUCUCUCACUUUCUCACUUUCUCAGUCACCAAAGCCUGUUGUCAGAGGAGAGUGCACUCCCAGCAUUGCUCAGCGUCACCUAUACACCAGAGAUCUUGUGGAAACAGCUGUUUGUGCGUGUGCCUGAGUGUGGGAGUGUGUGUGUACCUUCGUGGUGUCAAAUAAGAGCACUGAGAGGGCAGUGAAAUGACCGCACAUGGCGUCCGAACCAAAGGCUUGGCUUCUCUGGAAAACAUUCGGUAACACUUUAUUUGCCGCCUAUCUCUAUAAUGCAUUAUACAUAUAUGUAUAAUGUGUUAUAAUCACAUUAUAGCACUGUAUAACUAUAGUAAUAAACACUCAUUAAUGAUUAUAAUGCUUUAUAGCAAUUAUCAUAAUUAGGGCCCGACUGAUAUGGAUUUUUUGGGGCCAGUGCCGAUCCUGACUAUUAGAAGGGGGGGGGGGGGGGGGGGACAUUACGAUUAAUCGGCUGAUUUUUUAAAUUUUUAUAAAAAAUAGAUAUAUGCUGUAUACUGUAGAUAUACUGUAGACUACUGCUCAUCACGCCAUCAUGAUCAUGAAUCAAACUCGGACCAGGAACUCAGACCCCCCCGCGUGCCGAUCGGUGCCUCUGCGUCUUAACUCACGUUACUCAUUUCCAGUCCGGUCUCAUCUGGAGACAUGCACCUGCCUCAGUCAGAGAAGUAGCUCGAUUACGUAAUGUGUGCUGUUGUUUAUUCUACCGUGACCGGCGCAGCUAACAUUGUAGCAAGGCUAACAGCAGGUGGCUAACUCUAACUUUAGCGUGCAUAUUACAUCGUGCUUCACCAUUUACUUGGUGUGACCGAGACCAGCACAGCGGGGAACGUUGUGAAGUGGGUUAAACUGAAACUUGUUGACUUAUUGUGUAUUUCACAAACUAGUUUAUUUACCGUCACUCUGCUGUGCUGUGAGGUAGUUAGUGGAUGAAGAUUGUCAUGAGGUCGCCGCGCCAUCUACAGGAUAAGUCGGGGAACUUUUCAAAUGGCGGAACAUUUUUGAAGUGCAACCGAAUCUUAUUCUCCUAAUUUUAUUUCAGAAAAUAUUGCCGAAAAUCCACAAGUUUUGGCCGAUUACCGAUUAGUCUCAAAUGGGCUAAAAUUGGCUGAUUUAAUCAGCUCACCGAUAAAUCGGUCGGGCCCUACUCAUAAUACAUUAUAAAGCAUUUUAUUAUGACUUACUAGGUCAGGUUUUAAAAUGUGUUAUAACUGUUAACAACUCACUGACAAUGCCCACACAGAUAAUGCAAUGCAACCGUUGUUAUAAUGUUGCUAUAAUGUGAUUAUAAUGCAUUAUAAAUAUAUUUAUAAUGAGUUACAGGCGUCAAUUAAAGUUUUACCCAAGAUUUUCCUCUGACUGUAAAAUGAUGUCAGAUAAAGAUGAGCCUUGUUUUAGGGUUUUAGGGUUUAACAGCUCACUGAUGAUUGUACUUCAUGUGGUCACCUUUGAAGCAAACAGAAUUUUGACAAAGCUUCCUUUUGAGAGUCGUGAAAGCACUAAGACUAGAGCUGAGUCACAGCGUCUUGCAGCUUCAGAAAAGUAUUUAUGAGCAUUUUAUCAUCAACAGCUAUCUUUUUUUAAUUUUUAAAAGGGUAAAAGUCUAAACUGUAUAAAGUCCCCUCUGGUUUAAUCUUCCUCUCAAAGGUGCUGUGUCUGGUUAAGAGGAGUCACUGGCUCCAAUCAGACCUGUUUCAUCUGGCGGGAUUUGAGAAAGCUGAUUCAUAAUUGAUGGACCGACAGCUCUUUCAAAAGAGGAAUCGGAUGAGCGGUCUGAGCAGAGCUGCGCUUAACCGUCAUGAACUCAGGAGAACUUGAAGUAAUGAUAAAAGUUUAUUAUCCCACUGCAGUUUUUUUUAAUGUAGACACAAGUUCAAGGGGUCAAAUAAUGGAGGUGUGGGAAGCCAAAGGAUGUGAAAAAAAAGAGACAUUUGACACACAGACAGCUUUGUGUGACCUGAGCUGACUUCAAACAUUGAUUUGUUUUCUUGUCUGGUUUAGGGAGUGGGGCCACCGCAGUGGUUCAAGCAGCCUACUGUAUACCGCGCAAGGAGAAGGUGGCCAUCAAAAGCAUCAAUCUAGAGAAGUGCCAGACAAGCAUGGAUGAACUCCUGGUAAGACCCGCACAUCACUGCUGAGUAAACACAUUAAACUAAAAGCACAGCCGAAAUGAAAUUGCAGUUUUAUUGGUUUGUCUGCUGCAGCACACAUUACAGCCUAACUUCCUCUCACAGACAAAGCAGACACUUGUUGUUUUUUUUAUACGAGUUUAAACAACAACCACGCUAGCUUUGCCUCAAAAGUCUCCUGAUCUGACUCUGAAACAUGAACACACAUCUUGUCAGACACCUAAGCUUGUUAAACAAGCCCACAAACAAACACUCGCGGCCCCGCUGACGUCAGUUUACAGCCGAGAUAGCUAAUUAACUUAGCUGCUCAGCUGCAGCACAUUAAACAGCAUGUAAACAUACCUGCAAAUGUCACCUUGGUCCAGUUGGAUGCUGGUCAGGUCCUCUACACUCCAGUACCUUUAACAACACACACUCUGUCUAUGACAUUUUCGCUAUGACGCGCGUUUGUUUGUUUUGUCUUUCCUUCGUACGGUGACACACCAGCGGCGCUCUGUCACUCAACCCCAAACAUGCUCUUUUUUUUCAGGCGGAUACAAAAGCUUUCCUCAUUUUCCUCUUUUCCUUUUGACUGCACAUAUAAAGACCACACUCACUUUAUAAUGACUUCAUACAGGGAGGACUAAAUGUGGUUUUAACUGGACUUCUUAAUGACCUCGUUACAUUUUAAUGUGUGAUCUUAGCACUCUGUCUCUGUGGCCUUGGCGGGUGCGGAUGUAGUUCGGUCCACCUCUGCUUUUCAUUACUCCUCUUGUUGUGAGCCUCCUCCAAUUAUUUCUGUCACUGUUCGAACACUAUCCUAGUGUUUGUCUGAAAGGGGGGCUCCUCUUACAGCCAGGAAACUGUUAGACCCCCAGAGGGACGUCUUUCUAAAGACCAUAUGUUUUAAUACCCUCCGUGCGAUCUUGUAUCACGGCUUGGCACAUCAUUCUUCAUAUUGGUUGGUUAUUCAUGAUCCUGUAUACAUGGUCCGUACUCAUGGUGUCUGAUUACUGCAUCAUAUGUGCGCAGAAGCCUGUGAUGUUAACUAUUUACAACAAGAACCGCAGUGAUUUAGAAAUCUGAGAACAGGACCGCUGUGGCUCGGUGUCAUUGAAUAGUAUGAAAAUACUAUUAGAGACACAAGGUCAAGGCUGCACUCUUGCUCUUACACACACACACACUAAACAGAGAAGUAGGGCGGGCAAUCAGACUGAGGUGAUGCUAUGAUAUAAAACUUUUGUUAGCCUGAAGUUCCUGGAUUUAUUUGAAUAAAUAUCACUGCAAAGUAGACGGCUAUCUUCGACUUGGAUAAGAAAUGUCUCAUAACCACCUCAUUAAUAAUCUCCAAUAGGGCUGGGCGAUAUGGCCUCAGAUCAAUGUCACGAUAUAUUGAGCAGUUUAUUUCAAUAACGAUAAAUGGAUAACUCAGCUGCCGCUCCAGCCGCAACAACUUUUGAACCAUCCUCCGUCUCCUCACCUGUCUUUCCCUCUUUGUUACAAACUGGAUGGAGCGGAGAUAUGUCUCUGACGUAGGACAGGGUCUGAAAGGGACAUGAGACCGUAGCCUACCCACACACAUCCAAACCCAACUUUUAUUUAUUUAUUUAUUUAUUUUGACACCAAAUAUCUUGACAUGGGCAAAAUGACGUCAGUUAUUGUUGUAAAUUUUGUUAUCAGUAAAUUUUCAGUUUAUCGCCCAGCCCUAAUCUCCAAUAAUUGCUCCUCUUGUUAUUUACAUCAGGUUCAGGCACUGAUGUUGUGUUAUAUAGGCUAUAUCAGGAUGCACGCUGAACUAGCUACAGGACAGACCAAACUGUUUAUUCAGUAGGGGAGUUAUAUCUCCUUGCCUUAACAUAAAACACUAAAGCAAACUCACUGAUCCCAACUAUUACUCAUGUCCCACCUCCUCAGCACACGAUGGCACAUACUGAAACACAGCCUAUGUCCUUGCCUGUGUAUGUAGGUAAAUAAUAAUAAUGAAUGGAAUAAGCCUAUUUAAUGCCUGUAUUUAUUCAGCAAUGAAGACUGUCAUAUGAGUCACCUUUGAGGGGAGAGAAGGAAAGAGAUAUUGGUGGUUCGCUUUCCCCAAUGGGUUUAUGUGUUUGAGUGGGCUGUGUGCAGAAAUACAUGGUAAGUUGUGGCCCUAUGGUAUUAGAAAUGAAGCGUGAAGGGCUGAUCCGCAUUUUAGUCCCUCGUCUCCUUUUAUCUAUUCGUCCUCAUCUGUGUAGGAAGCUGUCAGAAACAUAUAAUGCCGCAGUGUACGGCUUUCUUUCAGAGCUCUUAAACCAGGAUACGAGUAUAACCUGGUUUCUAAAAUCAUGAUAUGAUGGCUACACCAUAGAGCUGGGCUAUAUUGCCUCAAAUCAAUAUAACUACUCCACAAGCUGCUCACCCCCUUCCACAUUAUCUUAGUCUACUUCAGCAGCUGCUCCAGCCACUACAACUUUUGAACCGUCCUCCAUCUCCUCACCUGUAUUUGUUUCGGACUGGAUGGAGUGAAGUCACGUCUUUGAUGUAGGACAGCAUCUUAAAGGGACAUGAGACCAUAGCCUCACUACACACAUCCAAAACCAACUUUUAUUUUUUUAUUUUUCAUUGACACCGAAUAGACAGAUAUGGGCAAAAUGACGUUGGUUAUUGUCGUCAACUUUGGUAUCAGUAAAUUUUUUGGUUUAUCGCCCAGCCCUACUACACACACAAAUGCAAAAAUAAACCUGGGCACUCGAGUCCAUGUAAAUGAAUGAACUUAGGUGCAGGAUCUGAACCUGUGUUUCUUUACUUAUGGAACCAGCCUCAAGGAACUGCAGUUUAUUUCUCACUUUGACAAUAUUAUUAAACUGGAGGUUUCUGCUUGACUGAGCUGUCCAUUAAAUGUAUGAAGAGUCAGGUAUGAAAAGUCUAGUUUUGUCACUCUUAUCUUCAUUUGUGACAAGUGCACAGAGGUGUUAAUAAUCCUUCUCGAUUAUAUAAUGUACUUAAAUUUGCAUCUUAGUGUCCCGAUGAGACGAUUGACAGGUGAGUGCCUGCAGCUGUUUGCUGGGAUCCUUCAGGCCCGGCCCGUCUCCACCUUUCCAACCAGUUUUUGGAUUGAUCUACGUUUCUAAUAUGGUGACCAUCAUGUUUUGACUCCAUAAGCCUUUUCCUGAAACCAGUUGUUGACGUCACAGAGAGUAUAGUCGAUGGCUGUGGUUAUUUUAUACUCUUUUGGAAGAAGUGAAAAGACUAUUGUGUCUAUGUUGGUAGAGUGGCUUUUUGAGGGUUACUUGAGAGCAUAAUUGGUUGUGAUUUGGACGAUUCAACCACGGUUCUUUUUCAAGUAAAGAAAGAUGUAACACAGAUGGUCUGGGUAGAAUUUAGGGCAGCAUUGCAUGGUAUCUGUUAUUUGCUUCCCCACACACAGCCCCCUGCAUGCACCAGAUGUCAGGUUUCACCCUGACAGAGGGAAAUUAGGUGUUGUCAACUUGAAACCAGAGGCUUGAUUGAUGGAUUUUUACAGUUUUCAUCAUCUUAAAGGUCUGUAAAAGUCACCUGUAGAUAAUAAAUAUUAUGUAAGCUCGUAGGUGAGCAUGACAGAUCAAGGCCAGAAAUAACUGGCAGGUUUCUCACUACUCUUUGGCAAUGCUACGCCUAAGAGUAACCCUUCCCCACCUCUCGAACGCCCCUCCUGAUUUCUGGAGGAUGAAUCAGGGGAAUGUUGCUCCCGGAUUCUCAGAGCAAGCGGUCACAUGGAAUACAGAGAGGUCGGAUUUCCUGCCUUAGCCCCCCCCUUCCAUUUCCACAGCCUGCUGGGUACCAGUUAAACGGCUAGGAAGCAUUAAAUUGAACCCAGAUUGCUCCUCUGAAGAGGCAGCUUCGCGGGGUGAUGCCAGGAGGUUAUAAAGAAGCUUGUGGGUUUUUAGUCUUACCUGUGAAAUUCUCAAAUGUCAGACAGGCGAGAAUCUGUCACGUCUCCGUGUCUCCUCAGGCAGGGGUAUGUGGUAGUUAUUCCUGGAGCAGCAGUUUGACAGACAGGCGCUUUUGAGUGACUCAAGCUCGAUCAGAUGAGGAGGAGGAUUGUUUACAACCUGAGUGCAGUGUAGGUUGACUAUCCUCUAGUAUAAUUACAUAACCGCUACGACAGAUUGCUUAAAUUAUAUAUUGAAAUAAAAGGGUAGGAUUUGUUUACCGUAUUGUUCGUGGAGUGUUGCUCUGCUUUUAUAGACACGAACAACGCAGCAUGACUUGAUUUGGGGUUUUAGAGAUCCUUGAAAGUCUUUGGAUCCCAGUGCCUUGAGUAAAUAUAAACAAUGUUUAAAGGUAAAAACAAUCAUGUCUUUCACAGGAAGUCUGACACAAGUUUAAGGAAGUGAUUCAGUGUUGUGGAUUUGAGUUUUCAGCAUGAAGAUCACAUUUAAGUGAGAGCCUCCUCAGUGUGUGUGUGUGUAAGUGUGCUGGCUGCAGUCAGAUUGGGUCAUCGUGAGAGAGAGUGUGUGUGUGAGGCUCUGAGUAACUCAUGGUGACGUAACAUUACUUCUAUAGUGGCCUCUCUGUGUGUCUGCUGUCACUGUGAUUCUGUGGCACCAGUUUGUGACCCAGCACUGUAUUCAGUUUGCAACAAUAGCUCAUUUAUUUAUUUUUGCUCAGUUUCAAGGUCUUCAGACACGCCAAAUGCUGCCUUCAAUCGAGCCUUAGAAAAACACACUGGUGGGGACUUGUCUAUUUCCUGGAGAGGUUUUCCCAGGCUAAACCAGCUCAAGGCUUGUGUGGGGCCUUGUCCUUGCCAGACAUCAAAAUGAAUCUAUGGUCCCAAAACAAGUUUCUUUUUAGUAAAUAAACCAAAGUUAUGUCACUCAUGUUAUAAAGAAUUCACUGUUUGUUUGUUUUUAACGAACAGGAAAUGAGCUGACAUUUAGAGGAAAUGUCAGUCAAAGGUUACAGACUCUUUACAGCAAUGUGAUACCAUUAAAGACAGACAGUUUUUAAUGUUGACAUUUGUUUCGCAGUUUCAGCCCACUCUUGGCGUUUAAGGUCCACUACAAUAACUCAUGCACCAACUCAGUCAGGAGAACAUAUGGUUAAGUUAGUGGUUCUAAAGUCCAGUCCUCAAGGCCCACUGUCCUGCAUGUUUUGGAUGUUUCCCUGCUCCAACACACCUGAUUCAAAUGACCAGGUCGUUAUUAAGCCAUUUCAGAGCUUGAUAACGAGCUCAUCAUUUGAAUCAGGUGUGUUGGAGCAGGGAAACAAAAACACGGAUAUAAAUGUUGAUUUGUUUGAUAUUUUAUUGCAAUUUCAGGAGAUAUCCUGCCAAUUUUAGUUUCUUAAAUGAAGGUGGUGGGAUUGUAUAUCAAACAUACCUUGAGUAAAAUAUUCUUCCUUUUCAAAAUGCUUAAUUAUGCACAAAAACCCUCCUUUGUGUCCUUUUCUACAUUAUCAUCAUCUUCUUCUUUUUUGUUGUUGUUGGUUUACUUCUUCAUCAUCGUCUUCUUUGUUGUCAUGCUCUUCUAUUUGGAGAGCAUAGGUAAGUGGAUAGAGAAGGAAACAAGGAAGGAGAGAAGGAGUGUCAUGUAGGAAGAGAGCCAUUGGCUGAAACCAAACCCCGGUCAUCGGCUUCAAGCAUAACCUCAGGAAAUAGGCUGCUUCAUCUUAAUCUUAGUCUUGGUUUGUCAUCUUCAUUGAUUUAUCUCUUCUUUUUUUUCCUUCUUCUUCUUCUUCUUCUUCUUCUUCUUCUUCUUCUUCUUCUUCAACAUCCUUCUCCUCCUUCCCUCUUUAUUGUGUCAUGUUUUUUUGGCUAACCAGGACAGAGAUGUUGAACCGCCACCUUCUGGACUUUUGUUUGGAGCUGGAGAUGAUGCCGUAAAAUAAGAUUUCAACACAUAAAGAAAAAACAUUUUACUCUGGUAGUUAGGAGAUGGUUCAUAGCUUACUUUUGCUAAUACAGGUUGGAGGGUUUGUCUGAAUUUGUGCAGGCAUGUGCAAAAGCCAUAGCCCCAGCCCCAUGGUGGUCACAGGUUGAAUUCUCACAAUAUCGAGGGCAUGUUGUUUCUCUCUUCUUCACAUUUCCCAUCCAGACCCUUGAUAAGCUCCAGAGUUUUCUUACAGUGUAAAGGAAGAAAAUACUAUGCUAAUAAUAUGCAUCUUAUGAGUGUGACACAGAUGGUCACAAUGAAAAGGCACCCGAAACAAGCUCCUGCACGGUUUACCAUCAGUCCUACAUCUGAUGUCAUCAUCACCUUGUAUAUUAAAUCUGAAAUUUAAUCAUGGCUUACUGUAACAGCAUGGCAUGAGUGUGUGGGUUGGCAGAGAGGUGCGUCACCUGCGGUUUGCAGGUCAAGCAGUUCGAAUAAAAAGUGCUCUGAACGUCUUGAGUUUUUAGGAUGAGGUCAUCGCAACACCCACAGACAAAGACAGGGGCUACAUUAAACACUCAUUUUGAAGAAGUGAAUCCCUGCUGGAUUGUUGCUUGAAGUGAUUUUCUGCUAUGUGUGAUUUUUGCACUAUGAGUUAUUAGAGUGGCUCCAUGUGUCCUUGUUAAAAACAUAGUUUGAUUUUCCAGCUUUAUCCUUGAGAUUGAAAAUAGUUUUACCUUUGUGCUCCGUGUGCAAUCAUCAGCGUCCACAUUUGAGUGAAUUUAAAAUGAAUCCAGAUCAGUUGAAUGGGAAGCUUUAGCGGGUUCAUACAGACUGUGUAACUCUUGCCUUUGCCAUCAUGCAGAAAUACUUGAGAACAUCUUUGUUUUCCACUCGACAUGAAGAUUUGAAAAACAUUUCCACAAAGCUAAAUCACACUCAGUGACAAAGGCCACAGAGGAAGGAGUAAUGUGAAUAUGUUUUGAGUGAUGAGAAAUUUCCCUUGUCUUUGCUGCAGCAGCAGAGGUUUACAGUGAUCUAAUCCUGCACAACAAAGAGUCUCUCUGAGUGUCACAUUGCCUGUUUGGAAAAGAUGGGGAAACCUGCCAACUGCCAGGACACGAUAUCCUCCCUGUUAUCCCAUUGUUUUUCUUUUCUGGGGUUACCCUGGCCCACAGAGCGGCGGUGACCUGCCUCUUCCACUGUGCUGAGGGCAGAGAGAGGGUCAGCGGCCAGCGGGCGAUAUCAUUAUUGUUCUAUCUCAGCCGUAGAAAGACUGAUGGGAGGGGGGGCAUCCCACAGAGCUCGUUGUCUGGUUCGACAGACUGGAAGUUAUUAGACUGCUUGAUAAAAAUGCGUUAACCCAGAGGGAGGACUGUGUGUGGGCUCACCUGUUGGUCGAACAUCGUAGCUUUCUCUUUUCCUAACUGACACUUCCCCUUCUUAUUGUCCUCAACAGAUCUGUGAGCUUUUCGACAUGCCUGCACAUGUCACCGUCUCAUUCUCAGUCUACACCCACCCUUAUGACUCAGUUUAGCUCUUAAGAAGCCUUUGUCAUGUGCUCUCCAAAGGUAUUCAGAUGUAACCUGCCUUCUUUAGCCUCUCUUGGCCUGAAGCACUCGCUGAAGGCCACAGGCACAAGAGUGAUGACUCCGCAGCAGAGGCGUACUGCUGCUGAAGCACAUUGUGUAAGCUAAGCAUUUAUGCUGACAGGACAUCAGGCUCUGAUUGCUUACUUCUUAACCCUGCAAGCAUCUAUUGAUCGACUCUUUAAACUAAUGUUUUCAGCUUGAGCGUAAGGGCACCUGAGUUGACAGGCUUGUGGUACAUCAGUCGUUAUAAAGCGUUCAAUAACGAUUGUAAUUCGAAGUGUUGGAUUUGGAGGGAUAUGGUCAUUAAGAAAAUUUCAGUCCUCCGUGCCAGUGCUGGUUUGUUCUGGCUGUGUGGUAAUAUGCCAGUUUAGCCACAUAACCUCCCUUUACUUCGAUCAAAUACUUCUAAAUCUACCUGUGCUGCUGAUGAAUUUUGCUGUUAUGUUUAUUGCAGGUAGGGCUGGGCAAUAUGGCCUCAAAUCAAUAUCACGAAAUAUUGAGCAGUUCACCUCGAUAACAAUAAAUGGACGAUAACUACUCCACAAGCUGCUGACCCCCUCCUACAUUAACUUCGUCUACCUCAGCCGCCGCUCCAGCCGCUCCAGCCGCUCCAACUUUUGAACCAUCCUCCAUCUCCUCGCCUGUUUUUCCCUCUUUGUUACGGACUGGAUGGAGUGGAGUCACGUCUUUGAUGUAGGACAGCAUCUUAAAGGGACGUGAGACCAUAGCCUCCCUACACACAUCCAAAACCAACUUUUAUUUUUUUAUUUUUAAUUGACACAGAAUAUAUGACGUCAGUUAUUGUCGUAAAUUUCGGUAUGAGUAAAUUUUCGGUUUAUCACCCAGCCCUACUACACGGACAAACAUAAAAAUGAAGAUAGUAGAAAACAUGAUUAAAACCUGGACACUUGAGUCCAUGUAAAUGCAAAUCAGGGAAUAUAUUGACACUGAAUAUAUUGACAUGGGCGAAAUGACGUCAGUUAUUGUCAUUAAUUUCGGUUUAGGUAAAUUUUCGGUUUAUCGCCCAGCCCUAUCUGGCUGUGUGGUAAUAUGCCAGUUUAACCACAUAAUCUCCCUUUACUUGAUGAUCAAAUACUAAUAAAUCUACCUGCCCUACUGGUGCAUUCCGCUGUUAUGUUUAUUGCAGGGUGGUAAAGCUUUAUAGCGUUAUCGUAGUACUGGAGUCAGGCCACUGUCAUCUUAGAUUUCUGCUGCUGAUCAGUGAAGGUGAAGAUUAAAAUGUGGAUGUACCGGGUCUUAAUCUUAAAAUAUGCAUAAUAAUCUCAGUAAGUGCAGAGAUGUAGUGCAUAAAUACAAAGCUGCAGUUACACACUCAGCCAUUUGUCAAGCAUUGGAGAGCAGAAACAGAAGCAGCUCUGAAGUCAGCUUUAUUCUCUGUUUCCUCGGAAGCUUGUCUAUCCUCAGAUGACUUUUGGGACCGGUGCUGAAGUGAUGGAUUAGACAUCUGUGCCAGCAUUACCUCAGCUCUUCUGCUUUCCAAAUGCACACACACACACACACACACUCACACACACACUGACACUCAGAGGGAGCUUUACAGCUGUAUAAAGGGCUGAGCACUGCCUGUUUUUUUUUCACUCCUGCAUAGAUAUGCAUUAUAAUGACCCAGCCUGUUUCUCUUAUCACGACGUAGAGAUCUUAAGCAUCGCUCUAAAACAUCAGGACUAUCUGCUGCGUCAAAUGAACAGAAGCUAAAUAUGAGUGUCUUCAGGUUAUGUCCUCCAGGCUGAUCUGAUACCUCUCUGCGGGAAUCAAAAGAGAAUAGUCAGCGACUUUGCACUGUUAAACCUGGAUGAAAACACAACACAGGCAAAUUAUGUGUUCAUAUCAACACCACCACAAACAGUAACUGCAGUAAAACUAAACUUCUUAGAGUUUUAAAUGAACCCUUAUUGAACUUAUGAAGGUAAAUAAACAGCUACUUUGUCAUGAGAUCAUCUAAAGUCAGUUUACUGCUUUAUGGAUUGAACUCUGUUUUCCUGUUUUCCUCUGACAGAAAGAGAUUCAGGCCAUGAGCCAGUGCCAUCACCCCAACAUCGUGUCUUACUACACCUCCUUCGUGGUGAAAGAUGAGCUGUGGUUGGUCAUGAAGCUGCUCAGUGGUGGUAAGUGCACAUUUGUCAUCACACAGCCUUCAACUUCUGCUCGUCGUGUUGAAUGUUUUGAUCAACGAUGGGUGAAGAUUUCAUCCUUGUCUUUUUUUCGGAUUAAAAAAAAGAGGCUCUAACGGUUUUCUGGCCUUGCAGUUGAUUUUUUUUGUCAAGGUCCCUGAGGAUAAAAGAUAGGCAGUAGGAAGAGCUUGGCUGCUAGCUGCUGCUGAUGUUAACUGUGAUUGUAGGGAAUGUGACAGCACUGAUCCUCAUUGUGUCCCGUGUGAGCUGCAGCUCUUUCCGGGCUUUAACUGAGUGCAGUGCAGGAGCUAAUGACAGGGCAGAGGUAAUAACAGCCCCGCGGGCCGGCUUCAUGGCACCCAUGUGGCAGUGCUGCAAUUAAAUAGUGAGAGGAGCAUGAAGAGGAAGGAGGCCACCGCGGAGAGAAAGACCUCAAAAUCCAAGGAUUUCAUCUGCUUCGGAUUGUUUUGUUCCUUUGAUUUUUUUACCAGAAACGGUAAGCCGGAGUGUGUAAAAAGAGCUUUUGUCCCCGUGGCUCAGCCUCUGAGGAAGAAGAGCCUUUAAUGCAGACAUGUAGGGGAUCCCAAACCCAAACAGCAUUUUGACAUUUUGUUAAGAAAGCAGCAGUGGGCUCCUCUUCCUCAAGUGAAGUGAUGGGUUUCUGUUCACAAAAUGCAAAAAUUACCCCUCAGCUUUCUUGAUCCUGCUGUCAGUCUAAUGCACGUAUUUAUACAAGCACAAGUGUACACACACACACACAAGUCCGUCUACACACCAAACACUCCCUCUCUUCUCCACCCUCCCUGAUCUUCUCAGCCCCUCUGUGUAAACAGCAUCCCACUGUAACGGAUAGUGCCCAGGUGGCACGCCAGCCUCCCUCGGAUACACUCAAGACAUGGGCCGCUUGGCAGACGCCUCGCAUCUGGACCGGGGGGCACGGUGCCCGCCAAGCGACGCUUGAUCAGGCAGCCAGCCUCACAGCAGGAGCAGACAGCGCUCAAGAUGGCCUCUCCAGCUCCCCUUAUCCCUGUUAAACAGAGGCCCUUGAUGUUGAGUUUUAUUGUGCGGUGUAAUUAAAUGAUGGCCAUGGCGUCGUCUGCCGCAGAGACAGGCCUUAAAUGAGGUCGGGUUUAUAGACCAUUGCUCUACAGGGCAGAGCAUACCAGCUCUGAGGAGGGCAAAGUCCUGUCUGCUCCACUGGCUUCAUGCAGUGUAAGAAAAAAAAAGCCCCCACCCUCAGACUCCAACCUUUUUUCUGCUAGAUCUUAACUGUCAAUCUGAGCAAAGCUUGACAAGUUUUCAUACCAGGCUUUCUUGUUUUGUUUGUAAUGUCCUAAAUGAUGAAGUAGCUGAGUGCAUUCCUCCAGAUCUCUGUUUUAACAAAGAAAGAUGCUGCUGGAGUACUCCGUCCUUCGUCGUGUGUUUGAAAAUAAAUUGACAGGCCAACUGCCGGCACUUACCGCUGGCCCUGCUCGGCCACUUAAAGACUUAACACCACAUAAGUGCCACAGAGGAUUGGAAAUCUUGGUCAGUGAUGGAUCAAGAGCUGAAACAUCGACACCACAGAUGGCAGAAUCUUAAAAACCCUUUACAACGUCAGGAUCAGGAUGUCUCGUCUGAAAAAAGUAAUUUGGUGACUCCUCCAUUAGAAGUCGGCAAUUGGUCCACAUUGAUGACAAAAGUUGUUGCCAAGGACUUCAAGAGCAAAGGAAUGAUUACUCUGGAUCAUGUGAUUUACUCUAGGGCUGGGCAAUAUGGCCUCAAAUCAAUAUCACGAUACAUUGAGCAGGUUAUCUCGAUAUCAAUAAAUGGAUGAUAACUACUCCACAAGCUGCUCACCCCCUCCCACAUUAACUUUGUCUACUUCAGCAGCCGCUCCAGCUGCUACAACUUUUGAACCAUCCUCCAUCUCCUCGCCUGUCUUUCCCUCUUUGUUACAGACUGGAGUCACGUCCUUGAUGUAAGACAGGGUCUUAAAGGGACAUGAGACCAUAGCCUCCCUACUCACAUCCAAAACCAACUUUUAUUUAUUUAUUUUUUUAACAUCAAAUAUACUGACAUGGUCAAAAUGACGUCUGUUAUUGUCGUAGAUUUCGGUAUCAGUAAAUUUUCGGUUUAUCGCCCAGCCCUAACUCGGAUACAAGCACCAGCAGGAAGAGGGGCACAGAGCUGCAUUCAAAGACAGUUAUGAAAUGUUUUACAUAACUUGAUGUUUUCAAUACUUAACAUACCAAUAGUCUGUCUGCAUCCAGAGGAAUUCAUCACAACUUUUUUUCCAGCAAAACUGCCCCUUAGGCUCAAAUUAAUUAAGCCAACCAUCUGGGACACAACUUCAUAAUAGAGGCAUUGUGACAAAAAACAGGAAGUCUAUUCACAGAGGAAAAUCAAUCAGAUCGAGCUUUUACUUUGAAAAGCAUCCAGGAAGUACAGCUGUAACUUUUUCAUGCUCGUGACAUAAACAUAGCUGAUGCGGAGUGAAUCCAGCCCUCAGCUGAUCUUGUUCUGUGCAGUCUAAUGUGACCACAGGCACCAAAAAACCGAGCUGUGCCAACAUGCUUCCUGCGGGAAACCACCGGGGUUUACCAUGUCAGGCUGUACCAGACUUGACUGCCUGGUGGAAAUGCGUUAAAUAAACUUGUGAUUCACACCCCUAUGAGGAAGUAUUGAACUUCCAAAGAUUUGCAGCUGAACUCUCUAAUGUCCUGACUUGAUUCUUAUUCAAAUGCUGAUUGACCGGUGAUUUACGGCUCAUUUUACGGCCAAUAAAAUAGCACACCCUAAUCUUCCAAAGUCUACUCUCCUGCUCUUUAGCUAUUAUGACACACUCUACCUCAAGGACCGGCUUAUGACGCUUAAAUAUAUCAUGACUCACUGUAAUAUCCUGAUGUGUACGUAUCUUGGCAGCUACCAUGGCAGAUACUCAUGUUACAUAGAAACCCUGAACAUGAGUGGAUUAAUAGCUUUAACACCACCUUAGGUAAGAGUCUUACAGUCAUCUGUGAUGCUGUUGAACUUUUGAACCUGUGAACUUUCAGGAUUAGUUAUUAUUGAGUCAAUGGCAAUCCUCCAGGCGGUGUGUACUUUUAUAUCAUACGUCCCAGUGCAGCGUCCUGUUGUUGACGUCUUACCAGGCUUUAAUAUCCCUUUAAUUAAGAUCGCUCUUCUCUCUGGAAAACCCUUGAAAGGCCAAACCUGUAGAGCUCAGUCUUUCAGGUAGGUACUCAGCAAACGCAGAGCUUUUCAGGAAAUUCCUGUUCCGAGCGUGACGUGAACAAAUGUUUCAUCAGUGCGCCACAUAACCUGUCGGCAACCGAAUUCACAUGGGAGAGACAUCCACUGAAAACCCACAGGGACAAAAUAUGAGUCAUGCCAAAGCAAGCAGAGGAAUGUGUUCCCAGGAGAUUAGUGUGCAGUCUUUCUCCGACCCACAAUCACGGCUGCGGAGCUCAAUCCAAAUGCCACUCAGAGUGAAUUCCAUCUUCAGACAGAUUGUUGUUGACGGUUUGAAUUUAGCAUAUGAAAGGACUUUGUCAAGUUUGCAGCCAGUGGAUUUGUCACAUCAUGAUGUGGCUUUCGGUUAUUGCCAGACCACUGACGGGCAGCUUUGAUUGCGGCUCCAGGGUCACGGAGCAGAGACAAUCGUAUCAACACACUGAAUCCCCAUUGUAAACUUUUGUUUCUCCUUCUUCUUGUCCUGUCAAAAACUAUGCAGCAAAGAGAAAUUCUGCUUGAGGUUUCUUUGAGCCCGAGCCAAAAUUCCUCUUUUUUUUUUUUACCUUUCCUCUGAGCCACCUAUGUCUCCCUCUGCCCUUCCAACUUUACUUGGCAUUCCCCGUCGGCCUUUUGCACACUUGGCACAAGCUCAUACAUCCUUCAUCCAUCCCCCUUUUUUACUCUCUUCUCAUCCUCACCCCGAGUCUCCAGCUCUGACCGGCAAAAAGAGAAGGCUGCAGAAGUGAUGUUGCUGGAUGAGGUAAAGUCUAGAAGAGUCGUGUUACACCUGCACCGUUUUUGUUUGAAAUCCCCAGAAAGACGGAGAGAUUUGGUUAAUCCAGCAUGAAAUGAUGACUUGACGUUUUCCAAAGUUUUUGCACUCUCUACAAUGCACCACACUGUCAAGACUUAAUUGAUUCCCUGUGAUUUGCCUUCCUCCGGGGGCUCGGACAGGCACUGUUCAAACCAGGCCGACAGGUGUUAUUAGUCUUUGAAGUCAUGGUGUUUUCCCAAUGCAAAAUGAACUUCUGAUUGUUAACCUGUCAGAACGCGUCAGACUGUUGAAACAGUUUAAUGGAGCAUGAAGAGUUCAAUCAAAGCAUCUGAAAGAGGCUGACAGGGCUGGCAUUUAAUGAUCCACCGGAGCUCACACUACGUACUGCGUGCAUGUGUGUACUUCGAAAUUUUCUCCUGAGUGGCACCUCAGCUUGCGGAUUCAUGAUGAAGAAAAGUGUGUUGGUGUACUACAACCUGUUUUUCUUUCUCUGGAUGAAGAUGAUCUACCACAAUUUUUGACCUUCACAGGCUUGAAGUGGCACAAGAUAUUCCCUCUGACUAGCCCCUGAAAUUUCACAAAGUGCUCAAGUUCAGAAGGAGAGAUGGAUGUCUCAGUAAGCAGUAGGGCUGUCAAAAUUGCUCCAAAAUGACGUUUGAAAAAUAAAAUUCGUUCUAAAAAAAACACAGAGGUACAGACAUUUUUCCCAUCUACCGUGUCUGCCCAAAAUCUGAAGAAUUUCCAAACGCAGCUUCUGAAGUUUGUUGGAGUCCAGACCACUCUUUCUGAGUUUGACUCAGAACAUCCCGCCAUCUCUCUCUACAUGUCACGGACGUUUUUUGUCAAGUCUCACACAAAGCAGCCACUUUUUUUUUUUUUUUUUCCCACUCAAUUUUUUCCCGUUUUUUAUUUAAAAUUCGAAUAUUAAUCUUCACAUUUGAAUCUCGUUUUUUUAUUUUUUUUUAUUUUUAAAUAAAUAAACAUAUAUUUGAAUUUAGAAUAUUCAUUGACAGCCCUACCCAUAAUAUGGAUGUACAGCUCCCCAGCUAAAUUUCCUGUAUGAUUCUCGCUGCAUUCACACACCACAGCUCACCCUGAAAUCUUGGAAGUUUUCCAGGGAGGCUGGCAGGACAAAGUCUGGGUUAUGUCAGGAUAAAAGCAGGAUAAAUUUCUGUUCACACAUGCAGCCCAUCCAAAUAAUUCUGGGAAUUUUCAAGAGUGUAGCACAUGUGUGAAUGCAGCUGAAAUGUACUAAAAAUGUGAAGCCGUUUACAGUAGAGAAGGAUGUAUGAAGUAUGAGAAGCUCUAACUUUUCAGGACAAAGGUCCUUCUCAUUAGUGACUUCUUCACUUUUGCAAGUUUUUACAUUUUCAUUUGAUGGCUCAUCAGGACUUCGACAAGACUUCAUCUCCCUCCACUUAGGCUGCAUCCACUCACACUCCCUCCCUUAACACCUUCCUUGUUGCCACCUGUCACUUCUUGUCACUUCCACUCCUCCCCAAGGCAAUUUACCGACAGGCAGCUGAACAUCCUACCGGCUACAGAGGCUUUAAGAGAGGAGGGAACCAUGCAGCGAGAACAGAGAAGGAAGAGAGUCAAGCGGGCUGCUGUUUCUCAAUGAGCUUCAAAGAGGAAUCACUUCAGAGACAUGAAGCUGCUCUCUUCUUUCACAUAUACAUCCGCUGUCUCCCACACCCAGAUACACAUCGAGUCUGCUUUUACCUCCUAUUUUCAUCUGUCCGCUCUUGGAACGGGUUUGUCUAUUUACCUCGCUGCUGAAUCACAAUUUCUGCUGUGCGUAGUCACUGCACGAAGAACCCGUUGAACCCAUCAUCACUCCCUCUCUCCCUCUCGCUCUCUUUUCUUGCUCAUCCUCGCUGCUCUGUCUCGGUGUGUCUAAAACUCCCAGUCUAGUCUCAGGUGGCCAGUCAGCGCCGGCUCCUCUGGGUAAUGCAGUGCUCAACUGAGUGCUGCAGGCGAGGACACCCUGAAGUGAUUUAGCGAAUAGAUAUCUUUGCACCUCAAGUCUGGCACAGUUGUUAAAACACAAUCAGUUUUGUUCAAGUGCGUUAGAGGCCCAGAGAGGCAUGCAGUUUUUGUUUUCUUGUGUGUGUGUGUAUGGCUGAAGAUGUACGUGUGACAAAAAGAAGAAGAAGGGGGUUAGAUGGACAGUGUGGCAGCCUGUGUUUGAGUAUCACUGCAGCACAACAAUGCAGCUUGUCAAGCAAGUGUCAGCCCCUCUGCAUCCCCAUUCACCAGCGUUGUCCAAUUUUCUGUCACACGAAAUGCAAAAGACUGAAACUGCCUUUCAAAGAGAUUUCUUCUUUUGGAGAGUGGCACAAAAGAAAUCAUACACCGACAGCAGUCUGACUCCUCAUCCAGAGCGUUCCUUUUAUUCAGCAGGAGCCGGGAUGAGGGAGAUGGGGUGACCUGCUGGGUCAGUGAGCAGAGGAACAUUAGUUCUCCAUUCAGCUCAGGCGGCUGAAGACAAAGCAACAGUUUGACUUAUAACCCCAAAUGUCAACAUGCACACGAGUCUUUCAUGCAGAUCUCAGACCAUUUUGGUGACACUAGAGGAAAACGCAGUGGAAUUCACACGAGUGGAGCUCAGUUUAAAAUAAGUCAUUUGAUGUUGAACUGAACCACGAAGAGACGGACGCAAUGAUGAUGUCAGUGAGGUAAAAAAAACGAACACAAACCUGGAGCUGCUCUUUUGAAGAUAUGAAAGAGGAUAAGGGCCACCUGAAGAGAAGAAAAAUAAUUACAGGAACGAGAUUAAAUUUGAAAUUUAGAGAUCAAAGUCAAAAUUUCGGGAUUAAAAGAUCAAAGUUUUGUCAAUAAAGUUGAAAUUUCAAGAUUAAAAAUUGAAAAUUUGAGAUUAAAGGUGAAAUUUCGAGGUCAAAUUUCAUGAAUUAAAUUGAAAUUCCGAGAUUGAAGUUGAAAUUCCCAGAUUAAAGUUGACGCAAAUAGAGACGAAAUCUCAUGAAUUAAGUCGUCAUGUUGAGAUCAAUCGAACUCUGAAAAGACUGUGCCGAAGAUCAUGAUGCAGGUGCAUGCUAUACAGUGAGGCUAUGUUGUAUCGCAAGAUAUGACAGGACAAUUGAUCAAGUUGAUUGAUCCUGAAGGCGUGGAGCACAGAUGAACCUGGCGUCUAAGGUGCAGGCAUUACCGAAGCCGAGGACCCAGUGCGCUCUGGCACAUGGAUGACUACAACACAUUUAAGCCAUAUAGUAUAUCAUUUUGACUUUUUUAAAUUUUGACUUUAAUCUUGAAAUUUCGAGUUAAAUCUCGAAAUGGAAAUUUAAAACAAUCUCCCUCCUGUAUUUUUUUUUUUUUUUAUUGUGGCCCUAAUCCUGUUUCAUAUAAAGGGAAUGACUCUCACAGUAGCUACAGAGAAUUUACCUUGCUCUUUUUAAAUCCCAAACUGUGAGCUCAACAUCUAAAUGAGACUAAUUUGGAAUCAAGUCCUCAAGCAUUAAACAUCCUGUGAACCUCGAAAGUAAAAUCCAAUUCCAAGUCAAUGAACCAAGUCUGAAAAAAUGAUCAUAGAUUCAAGGCUUGAGGCUCUUUGUUCGGUGAGACAGUUGACUGUGUUUGUAGAUACUGACUUUAGUUUCUUAAGUCAUAGCUAGACUCCAACUUCAUUCCCUCUAGGCUCUUAAAAACCCAUUGUCGUGAAUGUUUUGAUUUAUUUCUCUCCACCAUUGUGUGCAUUCUUUCCUCGACUAAUUUCAGAGGUCAUGCUGGUGUUUAUGCCAAAGGGAUUUUGUCUUGACACAAACAAAUAAUUUGUUUAGUCCUUCCAUAAAAUCCCUCUCUCUGGAGCCGGAGAAAAGGCUUGUGUGUACCCACAAUCAAAUUUAUCCAAACAGCACUGGAUUAUAAAGUAAUUAUCUUGAAUGAUAGCCUGCCAAUCUAACCGGAAGUAUGUGUUUUUACAAAUAAAGUUUGGAUUAGAGUAGGUUUAACAAAUCAUCGGAGUUGGCCCGAAGUGACUUUCUCAUUGAUGCAAGAGUGAGAUCAUCAGUUAAGACCAGACACAGACAAUUUGUUUACCCAACCAUUUGUGCAGAAGUCCAACACCGGAUAGUUUUCAUUUUUCCCAGACUUUGACAGUCACAAAAUCAGGCACAUCAUGAUGAGUUUCUGUCAUGUGGCUAUUUUUUUCCAGGCUCAGUGCUGGACGUGAUCAAGCAUAUCAUCUCACGAGGCGAACACAAGACGGGCGUCCUGGACGAGGCCAGCAUAGCCACGGUGUUGAAAGAUGUGCUGGAGGGCCUGGAGUAUCUACACAAGAACGGACAGAUCCACAGGUAAUAAGACUCAUAGACCUUCCACUCUGGUGCUGUAAUAAAGCUGACACAGGACUUUCUAUUACUACUAAGCAGCUUUAUCAACUUCACCUUGGGGGGUUUAUGGGGCUGAAAUAGAACUGCCCUUAACUUUGGGCUCUCUGUUGUUCUCCUAACUUUGUCAAACAAAUUUUAAACCCCUUACCUUGACUUGGUGGGACACUUUGUUUUUCUAUGUGCAGCAAUAAAUGUUAUUUAUGUGCUGUCAUGUUUAGUGAGUAUAGUAUUCAAGACAGAAGCACUUUGGCUCCUGAAAGAUAUACUGACUUAUUGCACCAAUUACUGCUCUUUACAGGGUAUCGACAGGGUCUUAAAAAGUCUAAAAUCCAGUCAUUUGAACUUAAGGCCCCAAAAGAUCUGAAAUUCUCUUAAAAUCUCAUAAAAUGUCUUAAAUACGAUUUUGAAAGGUCUUAAAAAUCGAUUAACUCUACUUACAAUAAAUAACGUGCCAUAGGAAUAAAGAUUGAUUUGAAGUAAUGUAAAAUGUUCCAAUUUCUUUUGUACUUUUUUGCCUGUAUAGAGGCUAAAUGGGUCUUAAAUUGUAUUUUUUAUGGGCGGUCUUUAAAAAGUUUUAGAAAGUCUUAAAUUUGACUCGUUGGAACCCGCAGAGACCCUGUCCUUAUCAUCACCUUGAAUCGGUUGUUUUCUUGUCUUUUAUGAUCCGUGUUUGUGAUCGGGUGCAAAGUGCAACACAUGGAAGUGAUCCGUUUUCUUCAGCAGACUGGACAGGUAGCGUUUUUCAGACAGCCGCCUUCACUCCUAAAGGACAGAGGUGUCACGGCCAUCUGUGUGGAGACGAGCCUGCGCGCUUCCUCUAUUGAGACUGCUACGAGUGGUUCAGAGGAAGCAGCAGGGAUGACGUGUUUGUGGGGUGAAGAAGGUUUUGACCUGGCUCUGAAUUUUGUCUGAUCAGUUUUCAUCAAAUUAAAACCCUUUUUUAGAUAAAUGCUAUAUUGAGGUAUUAAAAGCAGACAACCCUUGAUAGUAAUUUAAGUGGUGACAUCAUAACAUUAGGUUCACUGACCAAUUUCAAACAGCAGGGAGGCUCAGAAUGAGUUGCUCAGCUCACAGCUCCUGUAGUCACUCAGCUAGAGGUGUCCCGAUACAACUUUUUUUUACUUCUGAUACGAUACUGAUAUUGUAGCCUUCAGUCUUAGCCGAUAUCGAUAUUGAUUCGAUAUUGGCACAAAAUUGUGCAUGACAAGUUUGCACUCAGCUGCAAUGUCUUUUUCUGACUUGGACAAAAAAUACUGGCCGACUUCACUCCUACUCCUUGCUACUUUGUUUUUGCCUUAGUUCAUACUGUUGUUGUGAUUAUGUGGGCUCUGCAUGCUGGAUCUGGAUGCUGCUAGCUAGUCUGGAACGGACUGCUUGCAUCGGAGUGCUGAUAUUGGAGAUUUUAGAUGCAGGCUGAUAUAAUAUGAUAUUCAUUUUUUGGCGGAUAUCGGACCGAUACCUGAUAUCAAUAUUGUAUCGGGACACUUCUUGGCUCAGCCUGCAGUCCUUUUCACAUCUUGAUUUACAAGUGCUUUAAAAUCUGUGCUGGAGAAUCAUAGAUUAGCUGCUGAAUCUGGUUCGCUCUGCGUUUUUACCUCUUUUGAUUACUCGGUCUCUUUGUUUUAUAAGGGAGGUGGUGCACAAACUCAGUGUUUUCUUAUCCAGUAAAUUCAAUCCUUAAUUCUUUGGAUGUACAGCUAUUAAAACUUCACCUCAAAUGAGCAGUUUUUAAGCCUUGUAGGAAGUCCAUAAGUUGACAGCCACUUCCUCGCUGAUAAUCUUUAACUUACUGUAUUAAUAUGCAUUGGAAUGUGUCUGUGACAGAUUUGCAUACCACAGGAAAUCUGAUCCGAAAGCUCUCUUCUUAGUCGGUUCAGGACCUGGCCAAGUCCCUGUACUUCAGCUGUUGCAAUGAACCCAGCCGACACAGUUGCUUUCCAAGUCCUCACACUACCUCUCCUGUUUUUUAAUAUUCAUUACCCUCUUUUUUUUGUUUGUUUCCGCUGCUCUCCCACCGGCACACAGACAGCCCAGGACAGGCAGGCAACAUGUGUAAAUAAUGCAUUGCUUCUCAGCUUAGUUAAGUGCUCGGCAGCUUUUAGAGGAGAAAUCUAACAAGGAGCACAGAGUGAGGAUCAAUAGAAGGCUUCGAUCAUGAGCUUGGAUGAUAGAUUUUGUUUUAUUUUUCUGAUUUUUUUCAGGGAUAAAGUUUUUGCUCAUUAGAUUUCUGGUUGGAAAACUGAUCGAGGGUAAAGAUGUAGGAAAUUGGUGUAGACAGUCUCAAAAUGAGUUUGUUAAUUAAAAGGAAAAUCCACUGUGGUGUACCUCCACUGCAGCAUUAGAUUAUCCACUUGACAGGGUUAUCGGUCAGAGCCAGGGAGGAGGAAAUGUUUUUCCCGAGUACUCUGUGCCGGGGGUCUAAGGAGACAUUAGGGAUUCAUUAAAAGAUCAUUCAUUCAUCAGGUCUGUCUGCCCCCCACUCCGAAUAAAAACGUGAGCGCUGGAAAUCACAGACACACCGAGAGCGAAGAGGCCACAGUCAUUUGAUCGGUGUCUGCUGAUGUAAAUGUGCGCGUAUGGCCGUGCGUGUUUCUCCUGUGUAAGCUGGAUCAUAUGAGCCGGAGCCUCAGGGCAGGGUUGACAUAGAGAGUAACGGGGGUGAGGCUUGACAAGAGGGGGGAAGAGAGAGAAAGCGUCACAUGAUACGUUCCAUCCAGCUCAGGACGGCAGAAAAAGCAAUUAGAGUGUUGCGGUCGGGGCGGUGUAGCCUCGACCAGAGACAUUUACCACAAGACAGUGAAGUGCCCUGACUCCACCUUCACACUCACAGCAGCUUGAAGGGUCUGUGAUUCAAGGGUGACACUUGUUCUCUAACUUGAGCAGCGGGCAGAUAUCAAGCACAACAGCGAGAGGAAAACAGCCCGGCUGAAUCUGAAAAAUCUGGCUUAAAGCAAACUCAGAGCUCAUCGGCUUUGGUCUUAUGACAGUAACAUGCCUCCAGGGCGAUGACCAACUUCUUGGUAAUUCCAGUGUUGCUGGUGGUUAGCGAUGAAUUACUUCCAGCUGAGAAGCAACUUGAGAAAGUGACCAUGGGCUCAGGUCAAAAGUGCUGUAAACCCUAUCAAUCCUGGGUUGAUUCCAGCACAUGCAUGCUCAUUUGUGUCAGUAAGUCUUAGUUUCGCUGUAAAUAGAUCCUGGAUAUUCAUCACCUCGGAAUGCUUUUCACCUGUUAAUGCUCUCAGCAGCCAUGUUUACAUGUGCAAAAUUUCUUGAUCCGAUUAAGAAUUUGAGGGAUCGGAUCAUCUGAAUCCACUGUUUACAUGGGCGCAGAAUCAAAUAAUCCGAUCAUGAUGUGUGUAUACAUGCACCAAGCUUUAUUCAGAUUAGAACCAUGUGGACAUGAGCAGAGUUGUCAAAUUUCGCUCAAACAACUGCAGAAGAAGAGUUGUAUUUAUGCCUGUGCUGUCAAAAUCAACAAACACGGUAGUGGCUCACUUUAUCCAAUUCAGGAGUUUUCCCCCCUGUUAAAUAUUGUCACUAGAUGGCGCCCUUGCUUACUUAUCUUACUGUCCUGUCAAAGGUUGCUCUGUGCGUGCAGAUGUGACAUCAUUACGCUGUUUGUACGCCUUGUUAUGUUAUCGGAGCAGCAGACGAGGCACCUUCGGUUGUGUUUUUAUGCCAGAGUGUUAAUGAUGAAACCUCCUGUACUGGCCUUAAUAAAUAAAUAGUGAAGAUCGAGUCAGGUAAGAAAUUCACGAUUGGAGUAAGUGUUUACAUGGACAUGUAUCGGCAUAAACCACCCCUCUCGAUCGGAAUGCCAUUUCUUUCAGAUUGAGCCGAAUUGGAUGAGAAUCUUCUGAUCAACAUGUUUACGGGACGCACUUUUAUUCCGAUUGGGCAUUUAUUUUGAUUAUUUGUGCCCAUGUAAACGCAGCUCAUGAGUUUCUGCUUAUACCAAAGCUGCUGAUAGCUGAUUGGUCCUUAAUAUUCAGACUACAAACUGUAAACAGAAACAAGAAUGUUUCCCACAUGAUAAAUCCAGACUCUCCAUUUGUAAGUAGAAACAGAGUGUAGGUAAACAGCUCCCCAGACAGCAAUGCUCUAGCUGUUGUGGGUAGCUCUUUGCCUCACUUCUCUCUAAAACCUCUCAUGUCUUCUGGGAGUACAUGGGAGGGCUCUGCUUACAAAUAACUCUGCAUGCUGUUUUAGUAAUGACCAGGUUAUGGCUCUAGCUGCCUGUUUACUGCCUCCAGGACCAGAGAGGGUCUUACUGUCGAUGAAAACCCAGGUUUACCACAAAGACAUAAAGCUUGAUUCGGAAACAUUCGGGCACGGUUAAGAGGGGAGCGAUGUGAUCUCCAUAGAGGACAAAGAGGGCGUCUCAUAAACCUUCUUUAACAGCCCUGUUAGGGCCAGUGUGAGCCUGGCACCAGGAUGUGAUGUCAUAGGAGGUGACCCGAUGGAGCUGCUGCAAGGUACAGGGCUGCCAGAUGAAAAAGAUAAAUCUUCUCGACACUUUCAUACCGUGGCUGUUCCCACCAGCAAUCAUUUCAGAAGGUCAUAAACAAAGAGAGACGGCACAAAUCCUGCUAAUUUUUCAAUAUUUCUUGGUUGUAUAACACCCUCUGGAUCUUGGCGUCAGAUUCGAUAGGGUUUACUGCACCACAAAAGACCAAAAACACAUUAUAAAUCAGUUCCUCCUCUGUCUCAAGCCCACCUACUACUGUAGCAUAUAUCUGUACGACUUGUAGGAGUUGGGACUCUAACUGCAGGUUGGCUUUUUCCUCUCUGCUACAGUAUUUCUUUGAACUUGCAUGGUGCAUUGUGUCACCACCUCCUCCCUCCUCCUCCUCCUCUUCCUCUCCUGUGAAUGUUAAUGACUGUCUGCACUCUGCAGCCUUUUCCCAGAGCAUUACAAUCUGCUGCAGUGAACCAUAGCCUCUGUGGUUCUUGAAUGAGUGUUGGAGGGAUGCAAUUAGAUCUCCUUGAUCAGUCUGAAUGUGAAUGAUGGCAGCGGCGUGGGUCAUCUUUUAUCCUAGUAGAGCGAGUCGAAUCAAAUAUUCACCUAAAAAUUUUAAAAGUCGUUUUUAUCAGCCAAGGGUUUUUGUUUUUGAAUUUAAGGAAUUUAAAGAAGUUGUAAUGAAAUAUCCAUGGCACUAACAUUUUAGUAUCAUGGAUACAAAGCUCAGAGAUCUUUGUCGGCAAAAAGUUGUAAAAGAAAUGAAAAAUGUGCUAAAACUUCUUUUGGUGGCCAUGCAAGUUAUUGUCUGAUUUAUCAACUACACUAGCUGUUUGGGUGGGAAUCACCAGUGACAUCAUGAUACAAUAUUGACACGAUACUUGAGCCACGAUACAAUAUUAUCACUAUAUUUGAGCCAUGAUUAGAUAUAAUAACGAUAUUUAAACCACGAUAAGAUCUAAUCACAAUUCUUGAGCCACGAUACAAUAUUAUCACAAUAUUUGAGCCACGAUACAAUAUUAUCACGAUAUUUGAGCCACGAUAAGAUAUUUUCACAAUACUUGAGCCACGAUGAGAUAUUUUCACAAUACUUGAGUCGCAAUACUUGAGCCACGAUACGGUACUAUUGCUAUACUUGUGCUAGGAUGAGAUAUUAUCACGAUCCUUGAGCCAGGAUACGAUCGUAUUACGAUACUUGAGCCACAAUAUGAUAUUGUCACAGUACUUGAGCCACGAUAUGAUAUUAUCACGAUGCUUGAGCCACGAUACAAAAUUGUCAUGAUACUUGAGCCACGAUAAGAUAUUGUCACGAUACUUGAGCCACGAUACGAUACUAUUGCUAUACUUGAGCUACAAUGAGAUAUUAUCACGAUACGUAAGCCACAAUACGAUAUUAUCACGAUACUUGAGCCACAAUAUGAUAUUGUCACAGUGCUUGAGCCACGAUACGAUAUUAUCAUGAUGCUUGAGCCACGAAACAAAAUUGUCAUGAUACUUGAGCCAUGAUACGAUAUUAUCAUGAUGCUUGAGAAAGAUACAAUUAUUGCAAUUUUUACCUUUUUGCAAUACUGUGAGUAUUGGGAUACAAUAUAUUGCGAUUUAUUCAAUUUUUCAACUACUUAGCUAAUUAAGCAUUUGUUUUUAAUUUGUCUUAUUUACACAGUAUUUCAUUUUCAUGUAGCACAUCUUUCAAAUGCUUUAUAUAUUUCUUGUACUAACUUUCUUCUGCUCUAUGAUGUCACCUCUGCAAACCCCACUGGACAAACAGAUGAUUUUAUUUUUCCAUCAUUAUCAUAGAUUUGACUUCAUAUUAGCAAUUACCUUGACAAAAAUCAAUACCUGGUAAAUGAAACAAUAUGAUAUAUAACCAGACAAAGUAUUGUGAUACUAUGUUGUAUUGAUUUUUUCUCCCAUCACUACUAACUGCCAGUCCAAUCAUAACAUUAGUUCUUAUAGAGCCAGUCAACACUUUUCAAAUCACUGACGUUUGCUCUGCUGUCUCCGUUCAACCACGGAGACAUGCGGCAUACAUGUAACUGCAACACAGCAGUACAAAAACACAGUCUAUUUACAAAACAGUUUCUUUUUAGAAGAAGGGAUUCAUCAGCUAAAUUCAGAAUAAAGUAAUGUGUGAAAAAUCUCACAGCAGAGUCGAUGACUUCACCUGGAUUUUUUUCUCUCAGCUUUCACUUCUCUGUAACCUUCAGUCACACUUCUGUUAGAGGAACAUCGGUGACAGUCUCAGGUGUUGAGCACUUGUAGACAGAUUGCCCACUCAUUUCAAUAUAACAAGCAGCAAGGACUCCGUAGGCCAAGUCCAUCCAUUGCAGGUGUAUUUAACUUUCUUUGCAGACUGGAGAGCAUCGUCUCUUUCCUCUUUUUUCAGCAUGAGGAGCUUCUUCUUUAUUCUGCUGUCUCUCUUGGCAUCUUUUCACCACAGUCUGACGUCCCACUGUCUUCUCCUGGUAUCAUGCAGCUCUUAACCUCCUCUUCAUCUGCCUGCAGUAGUGAUGCAGUGAUUCAGAUUGGCCAGGAAAUCUUUUCAAUCAAAAUGUUUACAUUUAGCCAAAGUCAUACUAUUUGGUGAGAACAAUCCUCCCCCAUCCUAAACCCCUACUAAGACCACAUACUGGCAUCUGGGACCAGUACCUGAAAUGAAAGAAAAUGGUCAGUUAUAGCAUGCUCAUGUUGGCAAAAUUAAACUUAACCUUCGAGCAGCCUCACAGAGCUCUUUGUGGACAAAUUGGAUUGGUUAUUUGAGCAUUUCCAAAUGUUAUGUGAUGUUAUAGCCAGGAUUAGAAAAUAGCUCAGCCAUGAAUUACAAGAAGUGAAAGACACGGUCAGACCCACAGAGAGAGGGACAGUGGUUGUGUAAACCAGGAAAAGUAUUUUGGGAUACUACCACCAGACUUGCCUUUCAGCUUCAGGUGGUGAACUCAGCACCUCCCCUUGAAUCCUUAAAAAGCAACAGUUCAAAUUACCCGACAGUAAAUCAUCCCCGUUGUAUGUAGGUGUAGGUUGAGCAUGUUCUUGAUUAAGCAGAAGCAGCGAGUCUUAGAAACUGGAAGAUACCGUGACCUGAUAUCACCUACACGUUACGCAAAGGCAGCAAAGUGACAGUGGGAUGAAGCCAGAGAGGACAGAUGUCGGUACAACAGCCUGCAUUUCCAAACAGGGUCUUUGAAAGCCACUGGCCAAGGCUGUCAUGUUGCUUUUCCAUCCACACUUCCCUUCAUCUGCAUCAUCCCUAGUGACAGUUACAUAAUUGAACUCGUCUGGACAUAAAUGCACAUCAAAGUUUGGCCACAUGUAGUACACUUAGAGGAGUACUCAGACUAAUUUUAGACGAGGAUGCGAUCGAGUAAAUGAAUACCUUGUCCAGAGCAGUAUUAGGGUAGUUAUAUCAUCCCAGCUGUGAUUUGGCCCUCGAGUGGGAAUCCCCAUCUUUGCUGUCAGACAAAUGCUCCUAAUAUGUCACACAUGCUGCAUUCCUUCCCUCUGUGGAUCACUAUCUGCCACUCCCUGCUCUUGUUGUCACUACAAAAUCUGUCAUCUGCUUUUUCUGUCUUCGUAAAAAGAGCUGAUAGAGGCCUCUAAACUCCAAUAUUCAAUCACCAAAUAUCUUCACUGUUACCUGUAAACCCUUUGGUCCACUUUUAGCACACUGUGUGUCUCAACUAGGAUGAAAACUUCAGCAUGUAGCUGUAGAAAAAAAAAAAAAAGAAGUCUGUGGGGGCCCAGCUGUGAACUCCACCUCUUUGACUUUUUUAAACCUAAAAAUGUGGGGCCUCAGGAAGAGUCCAGGAAGCCAGUUUGUCAUCCUGGAAAAGUUUCAGAAAGCCUUUCAAGUCAUUAGUUUGCACUAACAGAUUCUCCAAAACCACCACAAUCAUCUCUGCAUUUUCCCCUUGAUGAACCUGGUAUGAAUAUGAAGAAGGUUUUUUAAUUCGGUCAAAACAGACAGAAUUAUAUCCUCUCAAAGUCCUCCUUGGAAGCUGUGUCAUCUCUAAAGCAGUACUCCAAAGACCGGUCUAUUUUUACUUUCAUUGAGAACAAUUUCUUUGCUUGAAUGAUCCAACAGUCUUUAUCUGGAAGGGGAGCUGCAACCAUUUACCUCCUCUGCCCCCUUCUGGCAGUAUCAUGAACUGCUUAGCAAGGUGUGAGGCUGGCUGCAUCCUUUUGAAGCAUUUAUCUCCCUGUCACCAGAUUCUCGAGAAUUAAUGCCAAAGAAAUCCACUCAGAUGUUGAAGGUGGUGUAAUGAUUAUCACUGUUCGGGUGUUUCUUUUGUGUCGUCAUAUUUACCCCUAAAAGGUUCAAUCACUUCACACAAAACCUCCUCAAAAGGAAAACAGCUGAGUUACACCCCCAAUUACAGUCUUAACUUUUAUGUUUCACCUGAACCUUUGGCUAAAGUCUGUUGCUAUGACGACCGUCCGGAUGGUGAGUUGGCAGUAUUCGCUCAAUGAGUCAGUCUGGGCAUGUUUUUGUGUGUGAACGAAUGAGCUCAGAGGCAGAAAGGCAGUCAGACAGUCCUCCCUGCUGAGUCCUCUUAUCGCCACCAGGGGAGGCUGAACAUGAUGAACGAAUUAACUGCAGCCUAUGUGUGUGUGUAAGUGUGUGUGUAUGUGUGUAAGAGUGUGUGUGGUGCUCAUAAAGUCUAAAGAAGCAUUAAGUCUUUCAACGUUUUUUUUUUUUUUAACACUGAUUUUUCUAAAUUCGAGCUUUUUUUGACAGCCUGUUUAAAAAAAAAUCACAAGUUUGCCAAUUAAAAACUCUUUAAUGAUCUUGCAAAAGUAAAUGCUCUAACACAUAAAUCCGUGUCUUCUCUCCCCCAGGGAUCUGAAGGCUGGAAAUAUUCUCCUCGGGGACGACGGCUCGGUGCAAAUUGCAGGUAUUUAGUUAUGAGGCAACACCAGUUUUCAACACCUGUCACUGCUGAUCCAGAUUAAGUGUUGAGAGGAGGUAUUUAUGUUGUGCUGUGACCUGAUUACCUCUUCCUCUUCCAACUUCCAACUCUGGUCAUACACAUAUAUCUCAGUGCGUUAAUGCACCGAGGAACCAAAGACAAAACUUUGAUUGUUGUUGCUUUACAUUCAGGUCUUUUCUGUGUCAGACUGAACUUUUUUUCUUCUCUCUUUGAUCCACCAGACUUCGGCGUCAGUGCCUUUCUAUCGACAGGUGGUGACAUCACUCGAAACAAAGUACGCAAGACCUUUGUGGGGACGCCGUGCUGGAUGGCCCCCGAGGUCAUGGAGCAGGUCGGUAGUCUUUGGCUCAGAAGACGGUUACAAUCAGACACCGUUCAUUUAAACAGGCAAAACUAACUUUGAAUAGUUAAUCAGUAAUUUUGUAAAUCUGAAGUUUUUAGCUAAAAGAUUUCAACUUUUCUUUCAGCUGUCCUUAGAAAAACAUAACAUCUAAAAUAAACAAUAAAGUUUUACUAUGUGAAGAUUUGUUGUUACCAUGUCAACAAGAUGAAGUCAGAGCUGAUCCGUGAAAGAUGAUCAUACAUCCUCUCAUUCUGUUUCUGCAGGUCAGGGGUUACGAUUUCAAAGCAGAUAUCUGGAGCUUUGGGAUCACAGCCAUCGAGCUCGCAACAGGGGCGGCACCUUAUCACAAAUACCCACCAAUGAAGGUGAGAGCAUCGUCAGAAAGAUCCAUUUGAAUGAACUUCAGUUUUUUUUAUUUUAGUUUAUGUCUAUAAGUUCCCCUUUUUUAUUACUCUUUAGGUUUUUUGUUCACUUUCAAUUGAUGUUCAGUUAAAAAAAAAAGUGUAUUUAAUGAUAAUGAUAUAAUGCAGACAGUUUCCAAGUUGGUUCUGGAUUUUUUGGAAACUUUCAGAAGUUUUGGGGAAUUUUCAGAAACUUCCUGUAAACAUUGUCGCCCUUUAAUGUCUGACACCACAAAUUAUGGCCAGAAAAUUCUAAUUUUUUUGGAGCUGAAAUGUUUAUUUCACUUACUACUGAAAACAAAAAAAAAAUCAAAAUGUCCUUAAAAUUUAACAAAUGUAUUUAUUUAUCUUGUUUGAUACGUUUUUGGAAACUAAUAAACUACCAAAGAACAUUUUUAUCAUUUAUCAGACUGUAUUCAGGUUUUUUUUUAGUAAUUUGUUGCUCAUAUUGAUUUGAUAGAAAUAUAUAAAGGUAGGUAUCAAAUAUGAUACAAAAGGCAUUAAAGGGUUAAGUGACUGAAAAUUUGGGAAACCUUUUUACCUCAAAUUUUGGAGACAUUCCUCCGGAAAAAAAAAAGAUUUGAAACUUUUGGAAAUGUUCAGAAAUUGUCAGCAGUUUUUAAACCUGUUGAAAACUCAAGUGUUUAUAAAUUUCUACGCUUUGAAAGAAGGGAAAACUACCACUGACUUCUACUUACUACAAGUUCUUCUAUUUUUUUUUUGGAGUAUAAAAACUUUUUUGUUUGUUCCAUUUUUCUCUUGAUGUUUGUAGGUCUUGAUGUUGACGCUGCAGAAUGAUCCACCAUCACUGGAGACCGGCAUCACAGACAAAGAGAUGGUCAAGAAAUACGGCAAAUCCUUCAGGAAGAUGAUCUCCAUGUGUUUGCAGAAGGACCCCGAGAAACGGUAUUAACCACAGCACCGGCUUCACAUGAAGUGUUACAGCACAUGUGUCUAUCAAACACGUACUUUAAAGGCGCUCUCAGCUGACACAUCGAAUCAAAGAUGUUGUUGUUUAUCCCUGAUUCACAAACUGCAUGUGAUGAAAUUGCAAGUGAAACUCAUCAACACUCCUGAGCACGUUUACACAAAUUGCGCUGCAUUCCCAGAUGUAUCACACCCUGGUUAGAUAAUCACACGACCAGACUCAUUCAUGUUCACUCUGCUGUUUUUCAGACCAACAUCCUCCGAGCUGUUGAAGCAUAAAUUCUUUCAGAAAGCAAAGGUAGGUGUGUGAGCUCUCUCUGCGGGCCUGAGUCAGUGAUCCAGCAUCCUCCUUGUUCCUCCAGUUUGGCUGGUUGAUGAGUAAAGGUCUGAGCCUGCAGAAGGGAUCGGAUCUGAGCGAACUCUGUGUGGCCUCUGUUUGAAAUUAAUCUGAUGACCGUGAAUAAAUCUGAAGUCCUGAAUUAAAGAGGGCUUCAGACAAGAAUGUGAUGUUAGUAAUGAGACUGAAGAUAAACCAAUAAGGUCUGUGUGCUUUAGCCCUUUGUCUGAGUCCGUCUACUUCUCACUCAACUUGUCAGUGUGUCUGACCCAAACUCAGGCCAAUGCUUCAUUCCUAUUGUUACUGACCAUUCAGGGCUGUUUCUAACAAAGGCAGGGAUAAGCAGUGUAACUCCAGCCUCUGGCUGCACAGUAUCCAGGCAACAGGAACAACUAAAGCGCUUGCUCAGCAGGUCACACACCCCAAAACAACCUGGUUGCUUUUUGGACAUGAUCUUGUACAACAAGCUAGGACUGUAGUUUUCAGUCUGUGCAGCAGAGGGAAGGAUUGGCUAAACAUUAAACCACUUUUAAUCCAUGUCUGCCUGUGAGGGGGAAUUCUGUUAUAGUUUUACUCUUCUUUGUGUAAACGCUGCACAUUAGUCUCUAAGUUCUCACAUUAAGUCUGGUGUAUGAAGAUUUAUUCUUAAUUUUCUACCUGAAUGACAAGUCCCCAUGUUAGAAGAAAAAAAAUCAUUGACCAGUGACGUGGAUUACAAAUUUUAAAGCCUGAAAAAACAAACAAGAGGUUAAAAACAGAGAGAUUAAAAGAAAUGCAGAAAAAAAGAAAGAGAAAUUAACAGUUUCUCUAUUGAAUGAAGCUUGAGAGCCAUUACAGAUAAACCCUGUCACCUCACAUGUUGCACUUUGAGCAACCAGCUGAUGGCCAAACAGAGGUCCAGAAAACAUGAACACUAUGUUGUCUGCUAAAGGCUGAGUUCAGGGUUAAAAGUGAAGAAGCUUUAAAAAUAUUUCAGCUGAUCUUGAACUGUUGUGUGUGUUUGCAGGCGGGAUUUGGCUUGACAGUCAUUAAUUUCUUUGUUCCUAUGACAGAACCACGAGUAUUUACUUGAGAAGUUGCUCCAGAGGGCGCCCACAAUAACAGAGAGGUCGAAAAGGGUGAGAAGCCAAAGGUUACGGUUCAAACUCUGUGCUGUAGAUUUCUAAGAAGAAGAGUCUAAGCAAGAGUGUGUCUGAAUCUGCAGGUACGUCGAGUGCCGGGCUCCAGUGGUCGGCUGCAUAAAACAGAGGACGGGGAAUGGGAGUGGAGUGACGAUGAGCUCGAUGAAGAAAGUGAAGAGGGCAAACUGGCUGUUGCUGCCUUAAGGGUGAAAUAAACAUGCAGUUCGUCUUCCCUGUGCAUACUUUGGUUCCACUUAACCUCCUGUCUGUACCUCCCUGAAAACAUUCUGUGGUUGUCGUAUCUGUGCAUUAGCAUGUUUGUCCAUUGUCUCUCCUCCACUGAGUCUCCCGUGUUUGUGUGUGUGUGUGUGUGUGUGUUCUGUCUGAUGGCCAAGGAGCAGCAGGUGAAGCCUGUUAGCGCUACCAGGCGACAAGUGCGCUUCUCCCUCCCACUCGAGCUGCCUGCGUCCAGGGUUGUUCACUUGACAGCACAAUACAGAUGGCAUUCCUCUAACAAGGAAGGACGCUCUCUAAAUGUAGCAAGGGAUUUUGUGAUCCAUAGAAAGAGCAGGAAAAAAAGGAAGGGAAGAAGGGAAGACGAACUCUAGAGAAAGCUUGUGGACAGUUUGUUCAGGUAGAAGUUAAUCUUUACAGCCGUGGAUCAGGUGCCUUCUUCAUUUUUGGUGCAGUGAGCUCUUAAAGCUCUGUUUGUUGGAGUGAUAAACUUAAUUUUAAUGGAGAAAAUCUACACACAGAUAAACUCUUAUCUCCUAGAUAAAAAAAGAUAAGAUCAAAUGUCAUGUCAACCUGCACCAACCCAUCAUAAAACGAACGUAACCACAGAGAGAGCCGUGGGGUUGGUGUGCGAAAGGGAGAAGGUGCAUUUAUAAGCACUUCUCUGUUGAUGCUGCUGAUCACAUGUGAGGACAGUUUGAGCCAUAAGUUCACAGGCCUGUUUGUAUGUGCUGUUGAAGAGUAGAUAUGGACAUGCAGAACAUACAGUACCUGCUCAUUUCCAAAAGUUAUAUCUAUAAAUAAGAGAAUACAAACAUCGAUGCAGUUAUGAUGAAAUGAGGAAAAAUCUAAGUUAAGGAAGCAUUGUUGAGCCAAGAGCAAGAAAGUUAACUUCCUGGAAGCCAUCUGUAUUUCCUUUUCUAUUUCUAAGUCACUCUUUAUUCAUACUGACCAAAUCAAACUUAAUCAAUAAAAGGCUUUUACUAACAAAGCAUUGAUUAGUCAAGGGAUUUGAAUCUUACAAAAUCUCUGCUGAUUUGACGCUGACUUGUCAGCUAUACGAGACAAACUGGAUUUCAGGUCUCACCAGCUCUAUUGCAUGUUGUAUUUUAAAACGGCAACAAAGGAAUUGAGCCAAACAAGGAUGGAAAUCAACUUAGACUGAAUCUGUGAUAUCAUUAGAAUAAAACUGUGAUAACAAGGACGCAGAUGUAGAAGGACAGAGUCAUACGUUUGUGAAAAUGAAGUCGUAGUUUGAUGAGAAAUAAGUCAUUAUUACAGGUUGUAAUAUACGGCUUUAUAAAUGUGCUCUCGGCACAUGUGGAGUGUGUUGAGAGGUUAAACUUGUUUUCCUCAGAAACUCCAAUUUCUUUGAAUAUUUUCACAUUCACAAAUCUAUGACUUGAUUAUUAAAGUCUUUCUGAACAGCCAUUAGCUGAUUAUAAGUAAUUGGAUCCAGUCUCCUAAAACGCUUUUACUGAUUUUCGCAAAUUGACAAUGCGACCAUAUAACAGAGUGACUUUCUUCUUGAUUUUAAUCACUUUUUUCUGCAUCGCUCUGCUUCUCAAAUCCAACACAAAAACUCCAGCUGAACAAAAUGUCUUUCCAAUCAUUCAUAAAGCAGUUACUAGCACUGAGAACACAACUGUACUCAUGAAAUCUUCUACCUCUGUGAGAGAGAGACUUUGAUGAUUUAUGUCUAAAAUCACUUCAUCACAGUGAGUCAGAAUUCAUGGUCCUUUAAAAUCACAGGAAUCAGGACUUCUGAUUGAUUUGCAGAAUUGGAUGAACAGAGAUUUGAAAGGAAUAGCUUCGGAAAGUCUCAGUCUCGUCUCACUUAGAUAUUUUUUGUGUCCUGGUGAUUUCAGUGCUAGUUAUUGAGCUUUUACUGAUGCAAAGUAAGCGUUUGAAAUCUCUUUUUUUACUUAUAAUAUUACUUUAUUCAGCUUAAAUGAGAUUCACACUAAGACGACAGACAUAUGAGGAACGUAAAUGAGCGAGCCGUCAAAAUCUGUUCACCUUUCUUGCUUUGUGUGUGUUUUCUUCAUAUCCAUGUGUGCUGUUUUGGCUUGACUGGUGCCGUUUUUGAUAUCCAAACUGCCACCUGAAUGUUAUUCUUUACUGUGUGUUUCAACAGUCUCCAAGAGUGAAGGAAGGAUCGCAGAAUUCAGAGGUGAGUUUCAACAUUUAGCCUUCUAACAAACUUCUAUAUAGUCUGCAAGAUGUUCCAGUUUCUCUUUCCAGACCCUUUAAAACACUGAGUUUAAUUUAAUGUCAUAAUACUGGGAGUGAAAGUGAAGCACUAAAUCUUAAUAUGGGGCUUAUCUAAAUAAAGGAAGUGGACUUUAAAUUGGGAUAAUUUAACCUAACUACAGUUAAACUUUUGAUGAUGUGUGUUAUGAAACAGUGUUAUGAAACCAGGUCUUUGUUAUGUCACUUAUCACUGGUGUAAAUUUUGUGCAUGAUUGACAGCUGCUGUGCUGAGAGCCGAGCAUCUGAAUGAAUGAAUGAAUGAGCUUUUGUUUCAUGACUGUUUCAGGUUUUCCAGACUCCGGAGCCUUUAAGUAGUCAACACCAGCCGGCUGCAACAACCCCGGCAGAACUACCUCCGGCUGCAGGCCACGUCCCACUGCAGCCCACACCAGCCAGCACUCAACCCACUGCCCAGGCUGCAUCUCCUACACUAGGCACACCCACUACUGCUGCUGCUGCUGCUGCUCCCGCACAGGUCAGACACGAUGACAUCAUUUUGUCCAUCACAUGUUAGCCUCUCUGUUUGUACCCUGUCUUUUAAAACUCAUCAGCCGUCAUUAUUUUUGUUCCCACAGCCUUCAGCGGAUGUUAAUGCUCCUAUUAGUUUGGUAUUAAGGUUAAGGUAUGUUCCUUCUUUUGCUUGUAAAAUAUUGAUCUGCUGCCUACAAGUUUUUCUUUAAAUGUUCAGCGUGGUCCAAAAGUCUGAGACGACAUAGAAAAUUUGAAUAUUCUCUUAAAGUUUGGGGUUGUUUUGCAUUUAACUGACAGCUGAGAAGUAUGGCCUCAUCCUGCAGAGACAUGCUGCGCCCUCUGGUUUGCAGUGAUUCAUCCUGCUGCAGGAUAAUCACCCCAAUGACACCUAAAAUCAUCGAAAGGACUAUCUGGGGAUCACUCACUCCUGCUGGCUUUCCCUCACAGUCAUCACAAUCAUCUUUUAAAGUGAAUAAUAAUGAAUUUCAAACAAGCUAAAUCAAAGUAUCCUGAGUGGUGGUCUCAAACUUUUGGAUCUAGCUGUGCUGCUUUUGAACUUGAGUUGUACAGGUUGGAAACUUUGUGUGAAAGAAUCAUGGAGCACCUCUGAUAUGAUCGGGUGUUUUUCAUUCAUCUCCUCAGAAAUUCAAAGAAGGAGCUUAAUGACAUCCGCUUUGAAUUCAUGCCGGGGAGAGGUGAGUCAAGUUUCCCUCUCGUAUUAAUCAGAACCCUUUUGCCCCAGCUCGUUUAAGUGUCUGGAGUCAAAGGCUUGCCUGCAUAAAUCACAUUUCGAGUAAUGAGUAAAAGAAACAAAAAAGGUUUGACAGUCCUCUCUAAUGUGUUUUUGCAGACACAGCAGAUGGUGUGUCACAGGAGCUGGUGUCAGCAGGCCUAGUGGACGGAAGAGACUUAGUAAUAGGUUAGUGAUCGAAUAAAUAAAUGAUUUCCCCUUUCAUAGGGACACUUGAGAGUCAAAAAACAUUCACAUUUACCUCUGAGUGGACAAACGCGAAUAUUUUCAUCCGACUGAAACAUGACUUUUCCUUUCAGUUGCUGCAAAUUUGCAGAAAAUAGUUGAUGAACCUCAAGCCAAUAAAAAUGUCACUUUCAAGCUGGUGAGUUCAACACUUUCAAUUUUUUCAACCUGAUUCAGUUUAAAAAGUCCCUGAAAUGUAUUUGGAACUUUUAUUUUUCUUCUAACCUGCUAGAAAAAGUCAGUAUUUACAAGCAGAGUCACAGAUGCAGCACAAGAGAGAAGUGUACGGAAUUUCAGUUUCAGCUCAACGAUUUUCACUAUUUCAUGCUUCCUGUUGACUCUUGCAGGAAAGUUAUACUGUUGUACUGAACAUCUGCACAGCUGUGUAUAUUUUGUUUUUAGGUCAUAUCAGAGCGAUAUUCCUUACUUUAAAGGGAUAUUCUGGCGUAAAAAUUAAUUUAGGGUCAAACACACCGUAACACUAAGUUAGACACCCCCUCAAGAGAUGAAUGUUGCCGACUGUUUGCUUUUCUAGUAAUACCAACUUCAGUACUGACUGCACGAUAGCAAUACACAGCUGUCUAUGUCUCCACAUGCAAACCUCAACCAAAACGCCACUUUACAGCCACAAAUAAUGCUCACAACAGCAGCUAACUUUAUCAACAGUAGCUAUAGGAUCCUAGCCAUAGUACUAGUCACCAAACAUCUUUUUUACUUUGUCUAAUUUCUUUAUCUAAGAGACUAAACACAACUCACCUACUCUCUUCCAGCAGUCACUUGUUUUUACAGAGAACUCAGGCCAGUCUAUUACAGACUGCAGCGGGGUUACGCAGCUCAAGGAAGAACAAUUAUAAUAAUUUCUUUAUCAUUUCCUUGAAGUAAUAAUCAUCAUAUAAAUCAUUUUGCACUGCAGACACGGUAGUUCUUCUGCCUUAGUGUCUCGGUCUGAUUGCAUUUCCAUGAAGUAAUGAUCAUAAAUGUUCUUCCUUGAGCUGCGUAACCCCACUGUAGCCUGUAAUGGACUGGCCUAAGGUCUUGUUACAAACAAGUGGCUGCUGGAAGAGAGUAGGUGAGUUGUGUUUAGUCUCUUUGCUAAAAAAAUUAGGCAAAGUUAAAAAGAUGUUUGGUGUCUAGUACUAUGGCUGGGACCCUAUAUGUACUAUUGAUGAAGUUAGGUGCUGUUCUGAACAUUAUUUGUGGCUAUAGAGUGGCGUUUUGGUUGAGGUUUGGGUGUGGCUCCUGAGAUCACUGUGUAUUGCUAUCCUGCAGUUGUUACUAAAGUUGGUAUAACUAGAGAAGCAAGCGGUCAGCAACAUUCAUCUCUCGACAGGGGUGUCUAGCUCUGUGUUACAGUGUGUUUGACCCAUUAAUUAAUGCCAGAAUAUCCCUUUAAUUGUUAGUCUUCACACGAUAUUGAAAUGAUAUUAUAUGUCCCUUUACACUUUCUCUCACUUGUUUUUAUACCUCUUAUUGUAUCUCCACAGGCUUCUGGAAUAGAGGGAUCUGAAAUUCCAGAUGACGUCAAACUCAUGGGCUUUGCUCAGCUCAGCAUUAGUUAAACUGUUGUUCUACCUGGGACCGUGACUUGCCUAAAAAAUGUGAAAAUUAAAAAAAAAAAAUAGUUUAUUGCAUAUUUUCUUUCUAUGGCUGUAAAGAAACCACUACUGCCAAAGAAAACAGUACCGUUUUGUCAUCCAUAGGAUCAUUCGACGCUGCGUCUGUGAACGGUUGGUUGGCUGAAGUAUCAGAGCGAACAGUAUCAGAAUCCAUUCAAAACAAGUUUACAGCGUACAUGUAGAAGGAUGCAAGUAUCUUCAAGAAACAGUUUUCAUUCUGGUCGCCCUCAUUCUGUUAUUGUUUCUCUCUAAUAUGUGAUGCAUUUGCACAAUCUGAACUAACGCCCUUGAAUCCUGAUAAAUGUAACAAUGCCUUAUAUUCAUCAGAACUACUGAAUGCACGUUUUUGGGACGUCCCCAGUUACCAUAUGGAGCAUUAUGUUAUCUGACAUGUACGUGUGGUUUCAGGUGCUUUUGUCAAACUUUCUACAGACUUUUAGAGGAGAAGUGAAGCUGGUUAGUGAGGCAGUUAGGAUUAAACAGACAUACAACUGAGGUCAGCUUGACAAUUAAAGUAGUGUUUUCAUUGUUAAUGAAUGUCAGAAUAAAAGACGGUCAUAUAAACCACAGCAUGUUAGAAAAUGUCACUGUAUUACUCCCUUUUACUGUUUGGGACACUCAGCCUUUAAAUCUCAGAUGUGUAAGCGGUAUGUUAACUAUAGUAAAAAAAAAACCAACACAUUUUAAGGGCUCCAAAUGUACUCUUUAUAAUUAACAUUUAUUCUAAGAGGUCGCUGCAGAGUUAUCUUAAAAAUAAGGGCACUGUAAUGCAUACCAAACAUACUGCAGACUCUCUUUAGCUGUUGAUCAAUACGCUUAAUUAUCUGGUGAGAAUUAGCAGCCAAGCCAAACAAACUGCCAUGCCUGUGCACAUCUUAAAGCUCUCUUGAGGGGUGUUUGAGAGGUAGGAAACAGACUGAGAAUAGUAUUGACGCCUGUUAAAGCAAACAAGUCCAUCAGCGAAAAGACUGACUAGUCUGCAUAGUCAUUUUAAAGCUUGUGUUGGGUGUCAGGAGUAAGAUCUACAGCGUGGCACUAACAAAGUUUGUGUCAAUUUUGGCAAAAUCUCACCUUACAGCCCAGUUAUGCCUUUCAAAUAGUUCUUGGUUCAUAACAGCAGAGAUUCAAAUCAAAUCAAAGGGAAAAAAAACAACACAAUUUUGGUCUUUCUGCAUUAAUGGUUGACGACAGUAACAUAACGAUGAAACCCUGUCUUUAACUGAGUUAACAAACUCAAAUGAGGAGGUAAAAGGAAGCCAUCAUUAGUUGAUCAUUGUCUUCAUUUUUAAAGGAUAAUAUUCAAAUAUAUUUAUGGGGCUCAAUGUCAGAUUCUCUCAUUUUAAACACAACAUCCUUAUUCCUGUGACGUGACGUACAAAGUUUCACAGCACCUGAAACCACAAGUGUAGUGUGAGCAUGUCUGUUGGUAUCAGUUUGUGUCUGUUAAGAGUCUUUAAUUCUUAAAAAAAAACUUAAGUGCAUUUUUGUUUAUGUGGAUGAAACACAAGUACUUGAUUUAACCUCUAAUGUGUAAAUAAUAACAUUUGGCUUUGAUUUGUUUUUAUACUCAGUGUUUCACUUUUGGCCUUUUUUCUGUCCUAUGACACGAUUGUGGGUUGUGUAGCACUGCGUGAAGGAAAAACGACGACACUGCAGAUUUGGCUUUGAAUCCUCUUAUUUUGCAGGACAUGCUGUCUCUCUUAUUUUGUGUCAUGUGCGGCGCUUCUUUACCUUUACUCAUAAAGCUUUUCACUUUUUGCCUUGGAAAAGUCGAUUCUACUUUAAAGCAAUAGCUGUACUGCUGCAUCGCUUUAAGUCUGUCCACCUUAAAUUUCACCAAAUUUUGAGCCAAGUAUCAGAGAAAUCGUCUCCAUCUCUUCCAAGUGGAGGCUGUUUACAGAACUUACUUAACCCUCGUCAUACUGAAGUCAUACAGCUGCUUCGUCACUUCUAAAUAGCUAUUUUUAAACAGCUACGAUACUUCUUUUACGUCCUCCUGUUUUGAAAAGUUUAUCUAUGAUUGUAGACAUUUUGAACGAUGAGAAGCGUGUUUGGGCCUUGGAUUCAGAGGCUGGUGUCACUCCAGAUGUCACAUCCUUGAACAUUUUCGUGCAUUGAGACAUUGUUUUAAUGAAUGUGCAUUACAUUAGACGGCAGCAGGACGUUAGUUAAACACUCUGCUCUCAAACGCCAGCAAGGUUUUGCAGUUUAAACCGGUCAUGUGAUAAUGUCAGAACUCUCCAGAUGCCAAAUUCAAAGAAAAUGAAUUUCUUCUUUGCUGAUAAACUUCAAAAAGGAAAUGAUUGCAUACAACUUGUCAAAUUUUACACUAGCCUUAAAAUGAAAUUGACCAAGUGUAUUUUUUUUUUCCUUUUUUGACAUAACUUCAAGUUUGUUUGUUUUUUAUUGGCUUUUCUGUGUCUUUAAAACGUACCUCUUGUUACACAUUGGAGAUACCCAAAGCUAACACUUAUCGGUGUUAUCUCCUCAAACUGGAGAGACAAAGUCAGCGACCCGAUGUUACUUUUUACAUCUUUGGUGCCAUUUUCCUGGUUUAGUCUGCAGCUGACGGCAGGCGAGGACAGGAUCCAUUUGUAUGAGCCCUGAAAGGAUGAGAGUGUGAAUGAAUGAGUGUGUGCUGCAUAGAUUGAGCCCUGCUUCUAACAGAAUUGAGAUCUAAUGGCUUUGUUCUCAUCUUCUCUCCAGCAGUCUUUCUCUGUCCUGCUUACACGUAGUCUAACAAAGCUGUAGCAAACUGAACAGAUGACCGACAAAAGACACUUUUGUCCAGGCAAUAACUCUUCAAGGCUGUAAAAUAUUUGAAUUCUCCCACUGUUCUGGGUUCUUUCAGUUUCUGUCUUUCAUUUGCUCUAUAUUUGAUCGUUUUGGAGUUCAAAGCAUGUUUCUCUUGAUUAUUUUUAAUCAAUAAAGAAUGAGCAUAUCAGACAACUCUGA